AUGGCUGAGAUACGAACUAUUUUGACCGCAAAAUACGAAUACUUUAGGUACUUCAACUGUUGAAAAAAUUAAUUUUAAAUAAAAUAUAUUUAGUAAGAAGUUCUUAUUUUUACUACCUACUAAGUAUUAAGUUUUUUUUUUAUUUUGUAUGUUAACAGUUAGCUACAUCGUUCACCAUAUAAAGAGAAAUCUGCAAACAGGUAGAGGAACUUAACAUGUUUGCAGAACUUGAUGUCAAUAAUUGAACCACCUUAGAAAAAGGCAAUAUUAGUAAUCUGUAAAAAUUGCAAGGCUCUUUAAUUAUUUUAAAUCGGAUUACAAUAAAAAAAAACUGUUCUAAGAUAAUGGGGUCGGGUGCAUGCCACUGGUUUAGGUAGUUCAAUGUAUAUCUGUAAGCAACGAUAAACCAUUGAUAACGAAAAGACGAUUCUUAGUGCAGUUAAUUUGAUAGUAAUUCUUUGUUAACAAUAUUUGUAUGUCAUAUUAUGGUAAAAUAAUUAAAUAGGCAUUAUGUAUUUUCUUUAAUAAUAUUUGCUUAAUAUUGUACCAAUUUUCUCGUUUUUCUUCCUUUUUUCCGGUUUUCUCUUGUUUUUUUCCAGUUUUUCAUAUUUGCUGGGAAAACUUCUGAGAAAAUCCAGAAAUUACCUCCCUAAGUUACCACGGAGAUUAAAUUUCCUUAACUACACUUAGCUGCACUUGAUACAUCGAAACAAGAUUUUUGGUAAAAAAAGUUUGCACAACAAAUAGAGGGGUAUUUUGCGAUUAAAAUAGUCUAAGCGAUGGCUUGGGUCUCCAGGUACACCAAAAAUGCAUUUGUUUUUUCUUUGUUUAGGUUAAAGGGGGGAAAAAUGAAAAAAAUGUUUUUUGGAACACCGGUUCAAACUCGCGAACACUAGAAAGAAAUUAGGUAUAUAUAACCAUUCAGCUACGACAAACAUAAUUUGCAUAGAUAAUAUUUAGUUAUUUAACAUAACAUAUAAUAUCCGCUUAAUAUCAGAACUUUAAAAAGCUAUAAUUUCAAAAUUUCCACUUAGUUAGUACACUCAAUUCUGACUUCACCAUUUUCUUAAAUCAGUAAUGGACAUGUAUUCAAAAAAAAAAAAAAAAAUUGAAAAAUAUGUUCCACAUAAUUUUUUACUCAACGAUUUUCGUCAAAAUUUGAUAGUAAAAUUCCUUUACAAAAAAAAAAAAACUACAUUAAACAAAAAUUAUCUUUUUUUGACCACUAAGUAACAACCUCCUGUUAAAUUUUCAAGUAUUUCUAUUUGGUCUAACUAUUUUAUCACAGAGUACCUACCGAAUAAAAAUUACGUACAAAACUAGCAAAAUUAAAAUGUCUAGUUCAAAAAUGGCUUAAAUUUUUUGAACAUUUUACCACGUCUAGAAAAGGCAAAUAUAAGUUUUCUGUCCAAAUUUUAAGUCUCUACAAAUAUUUUUAAUUGAAUCACAACAAAUAACAAAAUUGAAUAGUAAUAAAAGCCUUAUUUUCGUGAAUUUCCGGUUUUUCUUACGUUUUAUCUAGGUUUUUCCUAGAUAAUAUGAAAAUCACGUCGAAAAUCAAAAAAUGACCUCUUAAAAGUAUCAUCUGGUGACAUUCUUUUUUAGAAAUGGUGCCACGCAUAAAUAUCUGAGCAAGAUUUAUGGUCAAAUUUUUGUACACAGUAUGAAAAAAAAAAAAACAUAUAAGUAAAACCAAUACAUUCUUCGCUACACUCAGAAUCUGAAAACAAAAUUGAAAAUAAGUUAUCUGUUAUUGCCGUAAACUUUCUUGUUUUUUCCUAGUUAUUAAGAAAACUACAAGGAAAAUUAAAAUGUUUCUCACUAUCCGAAAACUAAACGAAAUUAACUCUUAGGAAAGAAGUUACACUUUAAAUUCGGAUCUUAUUCUUUGACAGAAAAAAAGAUAUUUUACUCAUUAUAGUAAAACCAGUUUUAAGUAGUUUUAUUAUUAGUAUAUAGUAUAUAUCAUUGGGCAUUUACAUUUAAAUAAUAAACAAACGAUUGAUACUGCUGAUAAGUGUGCCAUUGUUAUGGGAUGAAAGUUGGCAGUGUGGCCGAACCUAUAACCCAAGAGUGGCCAGUCGCCUCCCUUUUUUUCGGUUGGUGGUGGUCGGUUGGUCAUAACGAUGGGGUGACCAUUAAAAUUCACAGAGCAAACGUUUAUGAUAAAAACUUAAUAAUUUUAAUCUUGAUGAUUGAUAUAUACACAAUUAAAUACAUUUAGGUACUGUGAUAUAGUCAUUUUUAAAGUAGAUAUGUAUUGUUUACAUACAUAAUACAUACAUUGAUAAUGAUACAAAUUAUUUUUUAUACUGCAAUUAGUAAUUUCGUUUUAAGCGAUAGUCACGAAUUUUAAACAUUUUUGAAGAACAGAAGGAGUAUCUCCCCUCUAGAUCUUCCAUGGGUUGUGGGUACACAAAAUAAUUUUGCCCCUCAAAUUAAUUUAAUUUUGGCGCCACUGAAAAUUGGAAUAGAGGAUAUAUAAAAUAACAUUCCUAAUUUAAAUCUGUAUGCAAAAGUUAAAAAUUCCUAUCGAAAAACGGUUCACUGAGUAGCAUUAGUUUUAUUUUUCCCUUGUAUCCAAUAGCUAUAAGUAAGUUUUUAUAAAGUAUUUGAUUGGAGCAAGAUUUCUGGUACCUAGUAAAGUUUAUACAUACUCACGCACACAUACACACACACACACAACUAUCAUAGUAAACCCAAUGUAUUCCUAGCUUCGUUUAAAUCUAAAAAUGUUUAACAAUAUAACAAUUAUUUAAACAAUUAUUUUCUUGUAAACCUACUUAGGUACCUACUUAAACACAUACAAUAUAUCCUGCAUAUAAAAUGAAAUAUAAAUAAUUAAAACACCGUUAUUUAUUUAUUUAAAUAUGUAUUCAAUGAUGUACUUAUUGAUGGGUAUGUGUAAUAUUCUAAUAUUUGAAUUAUUAAUUACGAAACUAAUUAUAAGGGUUUUUUUUUUAGUCAUAAAAUGAUACAAAAUAUUAUAAUAAAAAUGAUUUUAUCGCAUUUUAGUUUUUUUAUAUUGAAUUUCAUGACACAUGCUUAUAAAUUAUAAAACCUUUUAUCUACAUCGUGCAACUUUUAUGUAAGUCGAUAUAGUGUCUGUAGUUGCUACUCGUAAACCGUAAACGACGUAAAUAACCACAUAUAUCUAAACUAUCCUAUACUAUAAAAAAAUGGAUAGUAGAUAUUUGUGUAAACAACGAAUUAAGAUAAUAUAUCUUAAUUUGUGGUGUAAACAACGAACCGGCUGGUGUUAUCACAAUUUAUAUUAUCACUUGCUAGAUAAUACCAUUCAGUUUCUGUUAUACACUGUAUUGACUUGUUGACGGAUAAAAAAACUAAGUUUAAGAUUAAAACCGUUGUAUUUUUUUAAUGUCUUUAUUAUUAUCGAAAACAAGUGGUCGCGUGUAUACUCUGUGUGGCGUGUCGAGUGUUUUUGUCUUUUGCGUGUGAACCAGCCAUAAAGAAAUUCGACUAGAUACCAUUCAGAUUCCAGUGUAUAAUACCUACUGUAGUAGUCUUGAAGCAAACUUGAAUUAUCGGAGUUUUAGUGAGUACAAUUUCGUUUUCAGCUUACGUUUAAAUAAGAGAUACUUGGAAUUUAAGUUGAUGGAAAAAUUCUAAAUAAUUCUGGGUAUAAUAGGUAGAAGAUCAUUUAAAAUAAGAAUCUACUUCUGAUACUUCUCUGAUAAAUCUUAUAUUAGCACCAUUCAUAUCUCAAAUAAAUAACUAUUGAUAUAUAUUUUAAAAUCACUUUGUUAGGUAUACCUAAUUGAACAAUUACUAUUAAGUAUUACCUACAUUUUAAUAAAAACAAGCAUUAUUAGUAUCAAUUUUAGUGUGUAUAAUAAUAUUAUAUAGGUGUCUUUAUAUUAGUGUAACUAAGUUUACUGUUUAGUUAUUCUUAACUAAAUUAUAAAUCAAAUUCAUAGUAAAAUUACCUAUCUAGAAGAUUAAUAUUAUUUAUUGUAAUCAUACAAAUUGUGUAUAGGUGGGCACUCAAUAGUAUUUACAUUUUUAGCUAUAUUGAAAAUAUAUCUGAAAUAUGAGAAACUUUAAUAAUUAUAAAUUAUUUACAAGAACUUUUCCAAUUUAUUAGUAUCUUUAGCUAUAAUAUGUAUACAGGGAUGCAGUGACACAUUUUGUGAUCAAACAAUCAACUACAAAUAGUUUUAAGGUCUAAUGUAGUUUUACUUUGCAUUAAAAUUAAUUGUUUUUUUGGAUACACCUACAUUAAAAUAUCUGAGAUUAAAAAUAUUAGAAGAUUUUUAUUAAAUUUGUACCCAAGGAUGUUUGUUUACCUCUAUUAUGCUUUUAUGCUUAUUACAUUGGCUAACUAAAUAACUAACCAGUCUAAAAAUCAACCUCCUUUAUCUGUCUGCUUCUUAACCUGACAAACAUAUUACACAUAAUUAAUAAAAUAUUCUGUUAGAUGGACAAUCAUCAAUCCAAUUGCUAAUCAUGAAUCAACAUAAAUUAAGGAACACUUGAGUUAACAUUGAUUUAUAUUUGAUUAAUUAAAGAACUAGUAGUAUGUGCAGCUUAUAGAGGUUACAUUGACAAGACAACGGCCCAAUAAUUUACCCCUGAUUUUAAUCUUCACAGGUAGUAUAUAUGAAAUAUCCAAGUGGUUAUUAUGCUCAAAAAUAAAGAUAUUUAAGUAUAAUAUAUAAUUUAAAUAGGUACUUAUUACUAUUCGCUACCUACCUAGAAUAAAUGGUAUCUCUAUUAAAAUAAAAACUAGUUAUACAAAUUGAAUUUAUAGAUAAUUACAUUUUUUUCAUUAACAUUGUUUGUUUACUAACAAACUUAAAAUUUUACCAAAAUCAUGAUUGAUAAAUAAAAUUAACUUUUAUUCAAAAAUAUUUUAUUUCAAAAUAUGCAUUGAAAUAUAUACAAAUAAGAUAGGUAUGAGUGUUUCUAUGUAUAAUUUUAGUUUUACUACAAUUUUUUAUAUUUUAUAUCAUAUUAAACUAUUUAUUAAAUAAUUGUAAAUUUAAAUUUAUUAUCAAGAGUAGUAUAAAGGAUAUCUCACAAUGAUCUGUCACUUAAAAGAACUUUUGUUCUAUUCAAUAUUUUUAAUACUUUUUAUUGAUAACAAUUAAUAUAGCACAGCAUUACAGUUAAUAUGUUAUAUUUUUUUUAAAGUAAAUGUUAAAAAUGUUUAAAGUAAAAUUUUAGUGGUUGAAAAUUUUGUUUAAGUGCAGGCUUUUAUUUUUUUAAUUUUUUGCAAAUUUAAAUAUUGUGGUUUAUAAUCUUAUAAUAUUUAAUCAGUAGUCAGGCACAUCAAAUGACAAACAUUUUCUUUUCCAUGAGUUAUACUUUUGAUGUGCCUGACUAUAGUAACUGUUUAAGUAUUAUAAUAGAUUAUAAACCAUAAUCAUAUUUACAUUUGCAAAAACUUUAGCAAAUUGUAAAAAUAAUAGACCAUAAGCAAAAAUUUUCAACUAUCAAUAUUUUUGUAAAAGUUUAUUUUACAAAAUGGCUACUUUGAAUUUUUUUUUAAAUAUUAUAGUACAAUUUCAAUAUAUCAAAUGUAGCGUAAAAGCAUACUAAUUAUUUGAAAAAAAAAAAAAAAUUAAAAAUGAAUAGAACAAAAAUUAUUUCAAGUGUCAGAUCAUCGUGCGACACUCUGUAUAAGUAAUUAAAUAUGAUAUUAUAAAAUAAAAAAAAACAAUUAUUCCAUGAUAUUAUGUAUAUAUAUAUAUAUAUGUACUGUUUAAAUUGAUUAAUUCUUAUAGCAUAAAUUAGAGAUUUCUAGAAAUACAUUGGUCCACUAUGUUUUAGGAUUUUCAGUGACACAAAAUUAUACAAAAUAAAUUAAAUUGAUAUAAAUUUAUUUAAAAAUUAGUAUAAUUUUACGUGAUAAUACUUAUAUAAUUCUUUACAUUUAUUAGUUUAUCAAACAUACUACUUGGUGUAUUGGCUUUUGACACAUGGGUUAUAAAUUAUAAUAUUCUCCAUGAAAUUAAUUCUAUAUCACAAAAAAAAAAUAUGAAUUAAAGAUUAUUAAAGGUAUCACUUUCUAAAACAAGAAAUCUGGAAAAAUGUAUAAACUAAAACGAAAAAAAGUUACAGGUUUUUAUUUAAUUUAGUUACCUAUUAUUACAGUAUUAGGUAAUAUUAUUAAACAUGGUCGUAUUAAAUUUUAGAGAACAUUGUUUUUUGUAUUUAUAAUACGGUUUUAUUCAAGUCUGGUUCUAUGUAAUACCAUCUUUGUUAUAUUUCUGGCCAUUUAUCUAAGACACCCUAGGCUUAUCGAGAAAAAAAUGUGAAUUUUUCAAACGAACACCUUUCAAUCUAACUACACAGUUUAUUACAUAGUAAUUAUAGCAUUUUAAUUUCAAUAUACCUAACAUUACAAUUUAAUACAAUUAAACAGUAGAAAAUAUUUAAUAUUGAUGUUAACAAAGUUUAUGAUAUUUUUACAAUAUGUAGAUAUUGAUAAAAUAUAUGUAGUUAUCAAUAAUAACGGAGGAAAAGCGUACAAUUUAUUCUGGUAUGUAUUAUAUUUACAUAUUGAGCUUAGUAAUUACUUAAAUAGUGAAUAUUCAAAAAAAAAUCUCUCAAUGGCCAAUCUGUCCCCAGAUUGUUUUUGAGCAAUUAUUAAUAAUUCCACUUAGUAAAUCUAAAACGCUUAUGAAUAGAGCAAUGAAUUAACACUCUAUUUUUUGUUUGUAUGUAUUUAUUUUAAUUAUUUUAUCAGAAAUUCUUUAAAUAGUCAAUGCAUAAAAUUCUUAUGUUAUAACCUUGGUCGUAGGUAUUAUACCUUAAAGAAUUUAGUAUGUUAUAUUAUGUGCGGGACAAGUGGACUGAAGAGCUAUUAAUAUAACAUACUAAAUUAUUUUCCAAAUAUUAUUUUUACAUUUUCGAUGCAAUUCAAUAGUAUUUUUAAUGGUAAAUGUCUAAAUUUGAAACUUUUACGGAUUGGUUUUGGUAAAAUAAAGGAUAGGUUCUAUAUAAAAUAAUUCGGGUAAAUCCCAAAUGAUUAUAUUGUAUUUUGGAUUUUUACUAAAGAAAUAAUUAAUGAUGGUAAAUGUCUGAAAUUUAAUUUUUUUUUCUGGCUAUCAAUCGUUGUUCGUAUUAUUACCGCACAUAUUAUAAUAUAUUGGUUAACAUAAUAUUCAAUAUUCUGUUGUAGAAUUGUAUUGUUAUAACAUUAAUAACUCCUCUAAAUCAAUUACCCAAAAAGGGGUUAGUUAAAUCGUGUUUGUUAUUUCACCUGUCUAAAUAUAUUCAUCUACAAAUGAGUGGAAAUAUCGAAACAAUAUCCCUGUGGACAUAUUUGUCAUCAGAUAGUAGGUACACUGUUUUAGAUAAGCUUUGUCUAUAUGGUUUUCCGACUUCCGGACUUACAAAUUACAAAACGGGGCAUUUAAACAAUAUUCAAAUUUCAAAGUAAUGAUUAAAUCCUCAAAAAAGCUGAUUCUAAAUAAUAUAACCUUAUCGUUUAUACUGAUGGUAAUAACUCUAAUAAUAAUAAUGUGAACUUAUACUAAAAUCAGGGCCGUAUUAUCGUUUGGAUGCUGUUUAGGGUACUAAAUAGCAUACAUUUUUUUAUGGUGUAACGCAAGAAACAUUUGACAUAGUGAAACUAUUUUCUUAAUUUAAAAUAGACACAAAAGUUUCAAAGGCUAUUUGAAUACUGUAUGAUAUGAAACAAUAUUAAUAUUAUUAUUUACGUAAACCGCUGUCAUAGUUAUUUACAUAUAUAUUAUGUAUCGUAUUCAUAGUAGUUGGUCGUAGUUAAUUCAGAUAUUAAAAUAUGUAAUAUGUAACAUUUGAAUUUUUCCAUGAAAACGUCAGUGUUUCUUGCACAAUUUCAGAGUAUAGACACAAACCAUAUCCCAUCAAAUAAUUGCUGUGUAUAUUUAUAUUCAUCAAUCUGGAGAAGAGUAAAAGAUAAAGACAAUGGUGGACACAUUGUCGGGAAUUGUGGGGAAGGUGGCUUGAGAGGUCAAGUCCACUCAAAACGUAUAGACAGACAAAUUAAUCCUCCUCUAAUUAGUUGUUAGUAUUUUACAUUUUAUUGGCUGGGUUUUACCCAUAAGGACGGAUCAUGUGUUUUAUUAAUUUUCGAAUAAACAUGUAAAAUCACAUUUGUUGUUAAUAUUUCAACUGAUGGAAAAUGUUUAGUUAAUUAUUUAAAUAAAAAAUAAUAUUUUUUUUACGUUGCAUGAGAUAUUUUUGGAGAACUGGGCUAUAUUUUAAUAUUUACGUUUUUAUUUUUAAAUUUAUUAAUGCUCAUUUUUAAAUCACUUUUAGGAGUAAAAUAUUAAUAUCUAAAAUUUUGUGACAAAUGCAUUAUAACCUAUGGAUGGCAAAAACCGUAAUCUGGGCUUGGUUUAAAUUUAUCUAAUUAUGAAGGUAUACAUUAGUAUAUUAAUAGAAAAUCGUAUAAGUUAUGAAAGUUAUAAAAUAUAUUAUUUUAAUAAUGAGUGACAUUAGUGACACCUAAAAUUUGGCGAUAUUUAUGAAUGAGUCAAGGCAACGUCUUCGUUGAUCUUUGAAGCCUUUAAUUUCUUACUUGACGUACCGGAUUAUAUACGCGAGCUAUAUGACUAAAAAGUUUUAAUUUGAAAUUCAAAUUAGGGUUCCAUGCUAUCUAUCCUUUCCGUGUCUAAUCUUUCUUAUGUACCAUAGUAAUAGACAUGCAUUCUCGGAAAAGUUUUGAUGCCCCUGUUGCUGCACCAUCGUACGCCCAUCGUUCGUAUCGUAUUAAAUUCAGCGGUUUUUCUUUAUAAGACAUUUAAAGUUUAGUUCAGGACAUAUGUUUAAAGAGUUAAUAUAAUUUACGUAAAGAUAAUUAAAUUAUUAUUUGAAAUUAAUUUACAUAAAAACUGAUAAAUAUCAUAUUGAUCCACUGAAUUAAAUUUAAGGGUAGUGAAAAAGUAUAUUAGUUUUUAAUGAUUGCUCUUAUCAGAUAUAUAUUUAGAAUUAUUUUUUUAGGGGGUUAAGGGUAUAGUAUUUUCAAUUCCUAUAUUAAUUAAACAUAUUUGUAUUACUUUAAUGAUUAUAAUAUAGUAAAAAUUGGGGUGGUUGGUCCUCUUGACCCAAUUACUACGGGUCUAGUUAUUCCUGCAGUUCAGUUCUUUUUUUUACAAAUACAAAUUUCAAAUAAUUAUUAUCUUUUUAAAGUAUUUUCCGUGUUAUCACUAUUUAUAGUGUAUCAUCUAAUUAAAAAUUACUGAAGAAAACUAUUUUAAAACUUUUAGUGCCUACAAAAUAUAAACUGAAAAAAAAAAUAUAAAUACACUCUAAAAUAGUAUAAUUGUUUCGUCACUAUGAAUAGGUUCUAUAUUAUUUGUUGUUCCAGAAGUGUUUAAAUUUUUGGCAAAUCCUAAAAAUUGAAUACUUAUAAUAUUUUAAAUUUCAUAGGUAUACGGAUUAAAUGUAUAUAAGUACAUCAUGUAAAUUCUAUAAUAAAUAACAAAAACAUAUACCUACAUAUAUUUAAACGAAAAUGUAAUUUAAAUAAUGGUGUUUUAUAAAGUUAGUGAAAAUUGUGUGGAAGAUUGAUGGCGUAUGUAAUUUUUGUUGUAUAUUAUAAACUACUUGAAUAACCAAUGAUUAUAAACAUGUAAUAUUAUAAUAUUACCCAGAUGUAGUACAACUUCUAUAACUCGAAAUUAUGUACAUCAGGUGAUUCAUUCAAAUGGGUACACUCAUUAUCUCAGAAAGUAUUAACUUUUUCUGGAAUUUGUUUUCUAGAAAAUUUAAGAAACAAGCUGCUCCACAAUUUUAUAUUUGUGUUAUUUUUUAUCACCCUUAUUUUGGAGGCAAAACGACUAAUUACUAUUUAUUUUCAAAUUUUCAAUUUUUUAAUUCUGUCAAGCCGUUGACGAGAUAUACCACAUUUAAUUUUAGGUUGGAGGAGAGUAGUGGAGUAUUAUUAGUGUGGCGAUUCGGCGCGUGACGUUUAAUAAUGCACCACUACUCUCCUCCAACCUAAAAUAAAAAGUGGUAUAUCUCGUCAACGGCUUGACAGAAUUAAAAAAUUUCAACACUAACAUUUAUUUUAACUAAUACUCAAUCUAUUUAUGGAUUCUUUAAUACAGGUUGCCGUUUGAAAAUAAAUAGUAAGUAGUUGUUUUGCCCCCAACAAUAAAAGUGACAAAAAAUAAUACAAAUAUAAAAUUGUGGAGUAGCUUGUUUCUUAAAUUUUCUAGAAAACAAAUUCCAGAAAAAGUUAAUAAUUUCCGAGAUAAUGAGUGUACCCACUUAAAUGAAUUACCUAGUAUAUAGUAAAACGAAAAUUGAGUCGUGGGGUUAAUUUAAAUACAAAAAUAUAAUAAAGUAUCAAUAAAUGAAUAUUUAUCUCAAAGAGUUAUGAUUACUUACUUAAGUACUUAUAAAUAUUAAUAAUUUGUUUUGUUAGUUGUGUAAGUAUAUUCUCGUUUUUAGUUUUAUUUUUACCACUUUUCGCUCUAUAUUUAUAUGAAUAUAUAUUCAAAACAAUUUGUUAAAACAUUUAGUUCUGUACGAUCCUUUAAAUUAGGAUUUUAAUUUUUAGUUUUUACUUUUUUAUUAUUGAUUCGUAUUUUCCCUCCUUGUAUAUUUUGUACCCUUGUUUUUCGUACGGGGGUGGAAAUAUUGGAAAUACUAAUUAAUAAUUAUUUUACUUCGCCUCAUGUCCCAGCAUUAUCGGCUGACCGCACAGUGUCAUUCGCCCUUCAUCCUUUUUUCUCUUUCGCUCCUUCUUAUAUUUUCGUCCUCGGUCUGCCUGUCGGAAUACGAUUAAUUAGUACGAAACAAAAAUAUAUACGAAAGUUUUAAUCAAUUUCGGUGCAUAACUUGGUUGCCUGUAUACUGUGUACACAUAAAGUUUAUAACAAUUUCACGUGGCAACUUGAUUAACUUUUACCGAAAAUGUCCUCCAGGUAUUUCCAUGACCCAAGUUAUACUAGAAUAUUGUCAGUUAAAUAUUUACUUGCGCCCGUGGUGAAUCUCUUUGCGGUUACCAUUUAGUGUUUAGAUUAAGAAAUGCAGAUUUAAAAGCAUGAUGUUUAAUUAGUAGCUGAAUGCGAAGUGUUUAUUCGGUAGGUUCUAUUUCCUCUGUAAAAGUUUAUACUAAUGUUUGCAAAUGUGGUGUAUACGGUAAUUUUUUAAUUUAAUUCAUAGAAAUAUCAAAUAAGUCUGAGUGAAAAAGAAAAGAAUCUUAAAUAACAUUUACUCUGUUUUAAUUACUUGUACCUAGAACACAUUAUGCACAUUAUAUUACGAAUAUGUAGAUUUUUUUUUAAACGUAAAGUUAUGUUUAUCAAAUAUUAAUUAAAAUUUUAAAUUUCGAGUGCUUUGUGCAAUAAAAAUAAUAAGGUGAUUUUAAGGUGCUUUUUUUUCUGAAAAAUAAUUUUUAUUGUGUAGGUAAUAAACUUAAACAAAUUCAAGUUUUAAACUUUUAUGGUAUAAAAUUCGAUCUAAUAAACACAUAUAUCCUUGCGUAUGUUUGUAUGCCUGGCAUAGUUAGAAUAUAUUAUAACUGCCCAUGACGAUGGCUGAGAACCCUGAAGGAAAAAUAUCUCUUAGCCCCUAUUUGAAACGGGAAGACGUGGUAAAGAGGGACGCAAAGUCUCUUAAUGGAGGUCUAGACUGAAAAUCAAGAGCAGCUUACAGAGAGAAUCGGAGGAUUAGUUAUUUGGCAGGAUGGUCCUAGCGGCCGGGGUAACACCUAAGAAGAAUAAGACUUUUUAUCCACAUAAAACCAAAUAAAACUAAAAAAAAAAUUAAGAAAUUAUAGUACCUAUAUUUUUACAGUUUAUGUUGCCAUCGUGUUUACACCGACAGUGUCGGGAAGAAAAGGGGGGUCGGUAAUUGGGUCACAUUGGGUACCUGCUUCAUAUACAAUAUUUGUUACAUUUUAAUAUUUGGGUAUUGGGCCACAAAAAAGAAAUAUAUGUUUUUAAAGGGUACCUGGACGUUGGAACAUAUUACAUGUAUAACACAAAAAUAUACUAAUACAUAACAUUUAUUAAUUACAGUUCCUAUAUGCAGCGACGCAACUAGGAUCUUAGGGCCCCGAUGAUAAGGCAAGUCUGGGGCCCUAUAGCUAUUUAAGUAUUCGUAAUAAAUUAAUUUGUUUUUAAUACUGACUACAAAUCAAUAAACGCGAUAGUCAAUUUGUAUUUAUUAUCAGUGGAAUAAUAUUAAUAAUAAUGAACAAUAAAACAAAUUACUCAAUAUUAAUUAUAAAGAAAUAAUUAAAAAAAAAAAAUGACCAGUGAAAAAAUAAUUAAAUGAAAAGUACCAAUUUGGUAAUAAAUAUAAUGUGUACAUAUCUUAUAAUAUGUAAAAAUUUGAUAUUUUUGUUCUGUUCUGCAAAUUUAGUACUUAUUUGAAUAAUAUAUUUAAUUCUAAUAAGUACUUACAACAAAUAUCAUCAUGUUUUCCUUGUAAACAUACGCAUAAGUAGUUUUUAUUUUAUUUUACAAAUCGUGUAUUAAAUAUUUAUUAUAAUGAAUGUAACUUUUUAUAAAUAUUAAUUUUCACAUAGUUUUUAAAUUUAAAUUACAAUACAUUCCCGCCGAAGUACUACCAUUGGAUGGCCACUUCAAUUCAUGUAUUUCAUGUGANCGAUAGUCAAUUUGUAUUUAUUAUCAGUGGAAUAAUAUUAAUAAUAAUGAACAAUAAAACAAAUUAUCAAAAAUCAAAAACAUGACCUUACUAAAGUAUUAUCUAGACAACUUGACCUUUCAAAAUAAAUGCUCCACGUAAAAAUUGGAGCAAGUUUACUUGGAAAAAAGGAAACAUCUUAGUAAAACCAAUAGCUUCCUCUCUACACUCGGAAUCUAAAAAAUCGUAGAUCUUUCAUCAUAGUAGGUUAUAGCGUAACCGAUGUGUGGUUUUAUCUCGUCGUAAUCUAUUAUCACCGACACUUGUUAUCGUCGGUUGUUGUGACUGAUGGACGUAUUGGCCCUGAGAAGGGCCUUUCUGAGGAGGCGUGAGCUCCGUAAUAACUUAUUUUGUUUAUAACUUGAUUAUACGUUACAAAUAUUUCAAAAGUGAUUUAUUCGGAUAUUGGCAAAUAUCAAAUUUUUAAAUAAGCUUCAUCAUUUAAUAUAUUUAUAUUUGUUGGAAUAUAACUUUACAUGAUACCGUUUAAUGGUUGAAAUAUAUUACAUUUUUCGAAUCUAGUUUUUUUCUUUUUAAAAUUGUCCAUUUAAUAAUUUUUAAUUAUGUAUAAAAUUCUCGGAUGUCAUAAACUCAUAACUACUAUACCUCGAAUAUCUGUUUUGAGGGGCAUUACAAAAGCAUCGAACCAUUUAGAAACAAAAUAUAACAUAGAACUUUAUCGUGUGUUUAUCAUUUGCGUUGAAAUAAUUCGCAUAGUAAAAAUAUUUAGCGUUAAAAUAAUACAAACAUGGUUAAAAAUAUAUUCUGGAAUUUAAAUUCGACAAAUAUAUAUUUAUUUUUUUUAUAGUUGUUACAUUUGUAAUGGACUCGCAUGAAUUAAUUGUAUUACGUUGGCCGAUGUGUUUUUGUUUAUUUGACGUAAAUUGUACACAUACAUUCGCAGGACCCUCAAUAAUUAAAAAAUUUAGCAAUAUUGUUGAGAAGGUAUUAGGGUCUAGUCCAAUAAAAACAUUGGAAUCAUAUGUACAUAAUAACUGUUGAAUAUAAAUGGACGUUAUUAUGCUGCUUUUGGGGGGAAAUUAUAAUAAUAUAAUAGAGAGAAAAGUAGGUACCUGUGUUCGUUUGUAUUUUAGUUUUAGAUUUUUUAAUUUAAUGGUUUUCUUAUGUGUGUGAUUUUUUUAUUUAUCUAUUUUUUUGUCUGUAAACAAUUUUCCUACCGGAAAUCUUGUUCCUUUAAGGAUCAAUUUUAGGGUGGUUUCCGGUAGUACAUUUUGUCAAUUAAUGUAUAUUUUUACAAAAGGUUAUUUAAGGGAAUGUUAUUUUUUGAUUUUUUAAAAGUUUUCUUAAGAUAUGGCCAAGGUUAGGUUGAGAAAAAUAGAAAUAUUUACGAAAUAUCUAACGAUUUAUCUUGUUUUUGAUAUUGUGUUUUUUGUUAUAAUUUAAAUUAAAAAUUCAUUUCAGAUUAAUAUUAACUGUAGAAACCUGAAAUUGUCUUCAGAUUAUCUUCUUAUAUUUUUUUUAAGAUUGCUAUUUAGCUUCUCAAAAAUACUAUAAAAUUUGAUACAAGAUUGUAAGUUAUUUUUGAGGUUGUUCUUUUGGCAAUAUUAAUGAAUCGAAGAUCUGUAUAGUAAUAAUAUACAAUCACAGUUUUUUUUAUAGCUUUUAAAGUUUAGAUUUUGAUGAAAAUUGUAAAAUUCAUGGUAUUGCAUAUCUAUUAUUUUUGGAUUUGUGUAUAUACAAUUUUUUAGUUUUAUACAAAUGAUCAAACAUUUUAUACCAAACAACAAUUAAUAUAAUUUUUAUUUAAGUUAUCAAAACAAGGCUAUUAACCAAAUUUCGCUCAGAAUUUUUUUUUCGUUAUCAAUUCAUAACGAUUCGAUUUAUUGUUUUGUGUAUAUAGUUUAAAAAUAUAAAUUAAAUUAUAAUAUAUAUCUUCCCAACGUCUCAUUCAUAACAGUGGCCUACUCUGAGCAGUAACUUGUAUGGGGAGUGUAGCGACGAUGUUAUAUUACGUCCUCAAUGUGCUAGCUUUUUAAUAUUAUUAUUUAUUUUCUAUUCUUUUAGGAUUUAAAAAUUCACUAUAUUAAGAUUGGUAUUUUGAUAUGAUUUUUAAUUAAAUAUAAAUAUAAGUUUAUAUUGUAUGAGUCAAGUUGGGGUUUUCUCGAUUUCUUAAGGAACUUUUUUUUUUUUAUGAACACAAAAUAAAAAUGGGUAAUAAUAUUGGUUAUAUUAAAUAACAUAAACUUAUAUAUUAUUUAAUAAUAUUACUACUUCUGUAAUCCAAAAUGAUAUCAACUCUAUAAAUGUCAUAUUUAAUAAAUUGCAUCGAAUAGUUUUUAUUAAAAUAAUAAAAAAGUGCAUUUUUUCAAACUCGUAAACAAUCAAACGUCGCAUAAUGGAACACCUAUUCUCAGACAUUUUUUAUGUAUCGUAGGUAUUAUAAUAUAUAUUUUUAUACAUUUAUAUAUAAAUAUACAUAGUGUUGCUCAUUGGUCACUACCCAUAACACCUUUGCGCUUGGAAAGUUUUAUAAGAGAUUGAAAAAAACUGUCACCGUACAUUUCCGCGAGUUUUUACGGCGGUAUUAUGAUAAACAGCGAACUCCGAGGGAGAGGAAAACAAUAAAAGUAAGAGAAAAAAAAGUACUCUUGAAAUAAGUUAUGCGCUUCGUACAAGAAGUUUUCUAAGACACGGCGAGAAAAAGACGAAAGAAAAAAAAAUACCGUGUCAUUAUUAAAAGCACGGAGAUAGCCGUAAAAAAGGGUCGCGGCAAGAUUAAAAAACUUAUAGAAUACUUAUCUCUAGAGUGUGUACACUGUACACCUUAAAUGGCCUAAGUGGACAGUGCGUUGAGAAAUAGAGCGCCUAUAUUUUUCUAAAUAUUUAUACGAUACGUUUGACUGAUAUGAUUCACACACAUACAUACAUACAAAUAUAUAUGUUUAUAUACAUAUAUACGUGUGUGUGUAUAUAUAUAUAUACACACAUACGAGGAUAUAUCCAAAUAUUAAUCAAACUUACUUUUAGAAAAAAAAAACUAAAAUAUCAAUAAUUUCGAUUCACGACGAAUUUUUUUAAGCAAUUCAAAAAUAAAGAAAAUAAUUGGAACGAAUUUUUUGGGAUAUGUUACACCAUAAUCGGAAUUAUUUGGAAUUCACAUAAAACAUGUUUAGAAUAUUUUAAUAGUCUAAAAUACAGCGUAAAACAUCUUUCCCACUUAUCUUCGAUUUUAAUUUAGAAAACAAAUUCCAAUUAUUUACAUUCAUGUUUUUCAGUUUUUACCAAUAAGUUGUUUAACAUUCGACUUGUAUCCGGUAGGAUCUAAUGAUGGAAAUUAUGGUAUAUUUGGUAAAAUUUGAAAAAUAAAAGAAAAAAUGCACUGAACAAUUAUUAUAAAUAAAUGAACAAGUUUUGGCAUGUGCAAUGCCGCAUUACACUUCAAUGUUAGUUUACGACAAAAACUUUUCUGCGAUCCAUAUGUACUCGUCUUUUCAAGUGUUCGGUUUUUACUUUUUAAAAUAUAGGUUAAAUUUUUCAUUCUAAUCUCCUCAUUAAUAACAUCGUUCAUGCAAUCAUGCGAUAUGCAUAUUUAUAAAUUAUAAAAGAUAGUAUAUCAACUAUUUGCAUUUAAAUUGAAAAUCCGGUUGAAAAUAUAAAAAUUAUCGCUUAAUCGAAUUGGAUUAGCAUUGAUUUAUUGUUUUCUGAAUUACCAAUUUUAAAUAAUAGAUAUUUAGUAUGAAAAAUAAUCAUUUAUUUCAUGGUAUUUCAUUUUUAUUUUUUGUUUUAGAUCCCGAGCUAUACUCAUCAGUCAUCAUAUUGUACUAUAUUGAAUGCAAUUUUUAUUUAUUUUUUUUAAAGCAGUCAUACUUUGCAAUAUGGAUGGGCUGUUGUAAGUGAGAAGUUGGUAAGCUAAGAUAUAUUGGGUAUUUUAUAUUUAGGUUAUAUACGUAGGUUUUCACUGAGUUGCGAAAAAAAAAAAAAUCAAAAUUAUCAGAAACCUAAGAUUUCUGUUAGAAAAAUUGUUAACGAACAAAAAAAAAUAGUAUAUAAUCAGUAGUAUAAAACCAAUACAUUCCUUGCUAUGCGCAGAUUUUAAAAUAAUAAAACUUGAACUUCACUAUCUUGUUUCGAAGUGAGUGCAGUGAGGCGAGGGUUUAAGAUCCAACACCCCGAGUUUCCGUAACUCACCUUUUGUUGAAUUUUUUAUUUGAGGAAUAUUUUUAUUUUGCUGCUAACGUAUCACUGUCUUCGAGUGGAUAAUUUAUGCGCGCAUGUAAUGCAAUAAAUUCCCUUUGUUCCACGGUGCUUUUGUUGUAUUUAAAAAAUAAUUAUUAUUAUGAAAAAAAAAAUAUAUAUAUGCAGGUGAACCCGAGGAUGAAAUAGUGGGCAAAAAAAAUUAUUGUUCCAGUUUUUUUACUUUUAAAAAUAUUUUUUUUCAUUAUUUGCCUAGGGUGUUUUAAUAAGUGCUUGCGUCUUUUGUCGUUUUUACUAAAUUUUAAUUAUUAAAAAUCUCAUCAGCGUUGACUAUAUUGUUUUUGUUUUGGUCAUUGUUAUUGUUUAAGUACAUUCAGAUGUAUUUACUGCGGAAAUAAAAUAUGCUUCGUAUUUUGAGAAUUGUUCAGUACUGUGAUGUUUUAUAUGUAACAAAAUUAUCUUUUGUUUUUUCUGAGUAUUUUGGAAUUAAAAUUAUUUUGUUAUACUUUUUUUGUAUUUGUUUUGUCUUAAAAUUAAAUUUAACAUUUAUGUAAGAAUUUAAAAUCUACAAUUCAAUUACUCGAUGUCGAUAUAGUAAUUAUAUUUAGUACUAAUGUUUUUUAUUCUUUGUAAAUUAUAACAAUAUUAUCUGACAAACUUUUAAUUUUUUGCUUCUUGUGUUGCAGUAAAUUAAGUAAAUUAUAACUUAUAAAUAACCGAAGUUAGUUGUUUUACAUUUUAUUUCAUUCGUAUAAUUCUGCGAAAUUUUAUAAUAUUCGUAUUUUUAUUUUGGCCUACUUGAGUAUUUAUCAUAAGUUAUUAUGGUUGUUGUGUGAAUACAUGAAAUUAAAUUACACAAAAAAAAAAGUUUAAUUGCUCGGAAAUGUAUAUAUUUAAAUUGGUAAGUAGGCUAAAAAACAGAAUUAUUCAAAUCAUAGACAUGAGAAUAUGAAAUAAAUACACAUAAAUUAGAAAUGACAGCUGUUUUACAUGUAAUAUAAAUUAAAAUAUAUAUUCAAGCCAACAUAUUUAUGCGCGAAAGAAAAAUAAAAUGUGCGAUUUUUGGGGUAGAAAAACAAAUUAUUGAUGUUUUUUUUUAUCAUGGAAAUAUUAUGAAGAAAUUGUGUAAAUAUUUUGAAAAUUAUAACAAUAUUAACAAUUUUUUAUGGCGAUUAUGAAUUAUUAUGAAUUAUCUGGUGUUUUUACGUAGGGUGGUUUUAUCUUGGGUAGAUUUAUAUGGUGUCACCAUACUUUCGUAUUAAAAUAAGAAUCUAUUUUUGUAAAUUUAAAAUUUCUAACAAUCAAAGUGGUGUUCAUAUCAGAAAUGUCUAUUGUUUGAUGACAAUAUUUAUACUUAUAGUUGUAGUAUUUGCAUUUAUGUAUUUUAAAUAAAACAGUCGAAUAAACGAGUAAAGCCGAAUACUCGGCCAAUUCCAAACAAUAAUGACAAAUUUUGAUGAUUAUUUAAAAUAAUAUGUAUUCAAUUUUAACAAAAGUGUUAAUGAUUUUAAUGUAACAUUAACAUGAAUAUGUGUGUUAUUUUUUUCUUCUUUUUCUUACAUGAUUAAAAAAUAACUAUAAAAAAUUUUAAUAUUUUAAUUACUUUUUGUUUUUAACGCGUUAGAUAAUUUUAGGUAUUAUAAUUCUAACUUGUUAAGUUAGAACGAUAUUAUGUAUUAAAACCAACUAGUUAAGUUAUUAAGUUACUUUCUAACUUAACUUUAACUUCCUCAAAUAGUCAGUGGCCAGAUUUGAUUAUUAAGUGUUGCUUAUCAAAAAUAUAAAUAUGGUAUAAUUGUGAAAUUUACAUUAAUUUUGUAAGGAAAAAUAUCCGAUUAUCUAUAGAACUAUAGUAAAAAAAGAUCUAGUUAAUGCUUAUUCAUAUUAUAACUGUGAUGUUUUAUUCAUUCCUAGUAUCUAUCGUAUCUAUCGAUUAUAGAUUAAAAUAAAUUAGCAGUUAUUUUUCCAGUUAUUUUAAUAAGAUUAAAAUUAUUAAACUCUUUUUAAAAUUAGCAUAGGUACACAACUAGUGAGUUUCAAAUAAAUUACGAUGUAGUUACCUAUAUAGAGAAUAAUAAGGCGUUAUUAACUUAACUUAUUAGUUAUUGCUGAUUGAUUGAUAUCUAAUUGAUGUUUUGCGAUCACAUAUAAAUAUGAAUGAAUAUAUUUAAUUGUAUAAAUAAAUAACGUAAUAUUUGCAUGUAUAAUUAAUUACGUUUAAUUUGUAUUUUUAAUAAAAUAAAUAAUUUAAGAAUUCGGUGUAUAAUAAUUAUAAAAAAAACUGCCAUGAAUGAUGGUUUUUUUUUUAAAGGUCCAUUAAUAUUAUUUGUGUAAACUUAUUUCAAAGCUCGAGAAAAUGUGUUUAUAAAUUACAGUAGGUAUAUAUCUUGAAAUUAUUAUUUGUAAUUCUUUAAUAGUUUAUAUUUGGCGUUCAAAAUAGAAUCUAACGCUAUUAAAAUUGUUAUUUGAGGGCUUUUAUUUUAUUAUUAAUGGCUACAAUUUGGUACGGGUUUCUCCCCUUUGCGUUAACGUUAUUUCAACCCUUUUUUUCGUGGUUAAUUGAAAAAAACAGUGGGUCUUCAUAGUAUAUAUAGUUGUGAACCUGGAAAAUAAUAGGUACAAUUAAAAAAAAACCAUAACGGUGUCUGCUUUCGGAAGAUUACCCUGAAUAUAUAUUCAUACUAUCAACACGGCCAUGGAAGUUCUAUUGUUUGAAGAAUAUUUUUUCCGAGUUAUAUGAACUUUUAAACAUUUUUGGUAUUAAUUAUAUUUUGCUAUUAUACUCGUAUUAAUACUAAUAUAUUAUUAUUAAUAAUUAGAAAAAAAAAAACUGUUUCUCUAAAUUAUUUGGAUACUAUAUAUUAUUAUGCUAUGGCUAUAGUAAUAGUGUGCAAGUGUGUAGUGAAUAUUUGCACAGUUUGGUGUAUUUAAAUAUAAAAGUAAAUGUUAUUUAACAAAAAAAAAAAAAAAAAAAAAAAAAAAAAAACGUUAAGUGUAGUUUUAGUUUAGUUUUUAUAAAUUUAUAGUAUUUAUCAUUACAUCUAUAAUUUUUGGUUAUUAAACUGUACUUCAAAAAAAUACAAAAUACAAAUUUUUCUAUUUAAAUUACAUACCUAAACAUAGUGUAUAUAUAGGACUAAGUUAUUGUCAAUUAUUUAUUAUUUGACCUUUAUAUGAUGUAGUUUAGGGUUUUAUUCGUUAAAUAUUCAUUGUAUAGUUGGUUUACUGUGCGGUGAUGCUAAAGAAAACUUUUUAAACUUGUCGAAAAGAAAAAAAAAGUCUACUUAUUUUACAACGGCUUAGUGCUAUCUGAUCGAAUUCCAUUAAUGGUCUUUUUCAUUGGACAUUUUAAUUUAUCAUUAUUUCUAUACGUGAGUUGAAUCAAAAUCCGAUGUUUGUGAAAUAAACAUUCUUUAAAAGAAAAUACUAAAAAAAAAGAAAAAAAGGGGAGAGAAACAUAAAUUAAAUGUUUAAACAAUAAAUGUGAUGUUUGAGAGCGUUAAAACAUUUUUGUAUAUAUGUAUAGGUAUAUUUAUUAGAAAGUCUAUUUUUAAUUGUUAUUUAUUAAUCAUGUUAUCAUAUAAUAUAACCAGGUUAAUAUUUUUUCGAAUUCAAAGGUUAGUACGAAACUUUCCGAAAUUAAUGUAUUGCGUAUAACCAGUUGGCGAACAGUGUUAAAAAUAAUAAUUAUCGCCGACAAUUUAUUUUAUAUUCUACAUAAGAGAAACCUUAUAUACGAAACUUAUCCAAAACAUCUUCCACUUCGUUAAUACGAUUACUUAUACUAUUUAAUAGUAUUUGUUUGUUCACUAUGUUUAAGUAACAAUAAUUUAUUUACACACACGUGAGAAUAUAAUACGCAUGCUUUAUACUAUACGCUAUGCUAUAACUGUACUUUCGUUCCGUAUGGUAGUUUUAACCGAUUAAAUAUCGUUGAUUUAUGUUCUCGAAUUAAGAAAAUUGUAUACCUUAUGCAUUUUCUCAAUUUCAUUUGUGCAUUAAAUUGCCUAUGCAAUUGCGCACUUGGAUUAUUUUUUAAGGAAUGUACAUUUAUUUUAGAUUUCUAUACAUUAUGGACUUUGUUUAUUCCACAUUAUUAUUGAACGAUUCUAUACUGCAAUAUUUGUUGAUUAUACAUUUGUAGGUUUAUGUCUAAAAGUAAACGUAGUUAUAAUUGAUUAUAUUUAUACCGUUAAUUUGUACGGGGUUAAUAUCGUUUUACGGAUAAUUGAUAAUUAAUAAUCAUUCGAAAUUCUGAAAAUAUUAUCCGUUUUUUGAGUAUUAUAAGCGUGUUUGUAUAUUGCUCCACGAUUAAAUUAGUGUUAUUAUUUUAAUUAUGUGAAAUAGAGUUUUGCGACUUCAGUUACCUAUACUAUUUAUUCUAAUUAAGUUUUCGAAAUGCUUUGUUAUUUUCGUUAAAACUAAAUUUUAAAUUACAUGAUUACCUAAUAAUAAUAACAAUAUGUUUUUCGUAUUCAAUAUUUACGGGUAAAGAGUGUAGGGUCUUUGUGUUUUAAAUUAAUUCUAUAAAUACAUAAUUUUUCUUGUUAGCCAAUAUAAAAUAUAAGCAAACAUUUGGAGAAAUUGUUACGGUAUUUACAAAUUAUUUAAAACUAUAUAAUUGCAGUUAUUCUUGUUUAAUAACUAUUUUUUUUAAUGUGCUUAUAUAUGUUUGUUUUUUUUAUUAGUUAAUAGGAAUGAUAUGGUCAUUAUUAUAAAAAUUUAAAUGAUUUAAUACGUAUAGAAACUAUAGAUACAUGUUUAUCAAUUAUUUUGUUUUAUUUUGUUUUAUCACCUAUAGGUUAUUACAGAGAAAAAAUAUUAAGUUACCUUUUGUGCUUGUUACAUUUUAGUGUAGAAAUUUUGUGUAUUUGUUCGAUUCUGUUUACUGCAGCGUAUGUACUUUCUAAAAGUACUGGAAUCAACUGUGGAAACGAUGUUUGUUUUAAUAUACUUAAUCCUGGCAAUAAAUGUUAACCAGUCAUAAUAAAUCGGGGGAUGAAUUUUGAUUCGGACGAAAUGAUAUCCGUCCCGUGUGCGUGUAUUUAUGAAAUAAAUAGGAUUUGGGAUAAUUCUCGGAAUUAAAAUAAUGGGAUUUAUCGGCGGAGGGUUCUGUCAACGUCAAAAUUCUAAUUGUAAGGAUCGAUUUAGCAUAUUAUUAUUUUAUAGUAUUGUUUUUUUAAAUGCAAAUUUUAUAAUUUAAGGCAAAACGUAGUAUUGUUGUCACAUACAUAUAAUUCAUAUUGAAAACAUUGAAAACAGACUAUGGAAAAUAUUUUAAUGUUGAUAUCUCACGAUCAAAUUAGAAUUUUAUUUUUAUAAAUCCGAAUUGUUUAUUAUUAUUAUUAUUAAUGAAUUAAAGAAUAGAAAUGGUAUACGUCGCAUACGAUAAAAAGAAAUACCUAAUAAAUUCGUGUUUGCUCAACGUGAAUUUAUAAUAACGCAGUUGAAUUAUAAUAAUUGUAUAUAUAACGAAAGUACAAUAUAAUUUAGGUUACAUGGUGUACCUACGUGCGUAUAAGUAUAAAUAUUAAUAUAUAAUCGGGAAAUAAUGAUAACGUUCCGAAUUCUCUUAAUUCCGCAAACGCUCAAUUCGGAAAUAAGUUUUUAAGGUUGCCGAUUUAUUUACAUACAUUUUCGAUCAAAAACAUUCUGCGUAGUUUUUGUGAUGACAAUUAAUGGUACUUCGAAAGUGUAUAAUAUAUUUAAAACUAAUCUAAUGGAAUAUUGAUAAAUAUAAAAUCCUAUAAUACAGUAAAUAGUAAUUUGAAUUGUUUGAAUAUUAUUAAAUUAAUUUUUUAAAACAAUGAACUCGUAAUAGAAAUACUUACUUUUUGUUAUAAUCAGCUUAAAUAUUAUUUUAAAAUCUAUAGUUAUACUUUAAAAUAAUUCAUAAUUGAACAUUUUAUUAUUAUAACUCUGUUUAAAAGAAUAGGCAUAAUAUGUGUCUACUUGUGAAUGUGUUUUACUAUCUUUUUAGUCAAUGCUUUUUUUUGUUAUUAUAUUAUUUUAUAUCGUAUGUAUUUUUGAAAAUGUUUUGACUGUCAUUAAUUGUUUAUAUUAUUAUGUUUCCGUUGUUUAUUAGGGUCAGCAUUUCCUUUAUUGAAAAAUUAUGUUUUUAUUAAGAUUUGUUGUCAUAAGGUUUGACUUCAUUUUCCUUCGUGUUAGAACCGACAACAGUGGGGGAUCGUUUUCAUAAUAAUUUCCAUUGUUGCCAUCGUUUAUUGAAAAUAUACUACUAAUAUAUAUUUUCAAUUUUGUUUUCUUCCUAUCGUGACAGUCUCACAUAUACAGGUGCCUAACUAACAAGACUGUACAAUAGUAACUUACAAGUAACUUAAAUACUUUAUUUAAAUUACUUAGUAAAACUUAACACAACUGAAGUUGCUCAAGCUCCGAAUCAUCUCGGCCUUGUUCGUGGAUCCGACAGUCUGGAGAUUCAUUUUGCCCUUCCUCUUUGCGACCCGGUUACAUAAAGUUUUUUAAUUUAUAUUCAUUAGCAACGAUAAACCAUUGUUAACGAAAAACGAUCCGGUGCGAAAAUCGGUUAUACAUGUUUUGAUAGACCGUAAUAUUUACAAUUUUAAAAUUUAAAAUUUGAUACUAAAAUUCUUAUAAAAAAAAAAGAACUGAUACUUGUGACGGAUGUAGCCACUGUUGGGGGAGGAGUUUGACAGAGUUUCGGGGUGCUUUUCUCCUAAUUGCGCCUUUGUAUUAGUUUAAAGACGAUAGUGUACUAAGUAUAAAGUGUCCUUCUACCUAUAUGAGACCAGGCCUUUAGCAACUUCCAAUCACUGGCGGAAUUUGUCGGAAUUUCGAUUAAAAAUGUAGUCCCGAAUGUCUCGAUAACAUGAGAGUGCUUUUUAAAAUAACGUUCUAUAUUUACAAAAAGUUGCAAAAUGGGCAUGCUACUUGUUUACAUUUUGAUUUUUAUCAAUUUUAUUAUUGUAUUUUAUUCUCAAAUCACAAAUUAACUAUCAUAUUAUAUAUUUUACGUUUAGAUUUGUGUACGAAUAACAUAAAGGGUUUUAUUUUUAUACGGUUUACUGUAUAUUUCGAAGUUUUUAAAAACCGUUACUAAACAAUCCGCUGGCGAAGGUUAUACCUACAUUUAUGUAUAAUUUAUUAUAAUAAUCUGGAAAAUUGGAAAACAACGUUCAAUCUGGACUCGAGAGGUAGUAUGUAUUUUGAUUAUUUAUGUAUUGCGUUUCAGCUUUCCGUCUCCACCAUCUUUUGGGAAUUCCCAUGGUGUAUAACGUAAUUUUCGGCGCAUAGCUGUUUAUUAAUUUGCUUUCUCUCUUUCUCUUUCCCACUGCCUUUCUGUUUGCCAUUAUGUAUUGUUACCACUGGCAGGCCUUUGGCGACGGUUAAAUAUUUAAACUGUUACCAAGUGUGCUGUUCUUGCAGUAUUGUUUUCUUUUCAUCAAAUCUGUAGAUACUCCUCACGUUUAGACUUGGUUGAAAAUUAUUUAUUGUUUCUGUGAAACGAAAAAACAAAAAAUUCAAACCGCUCUCGGGGUUAGUCCUGUUUGAAAAUUAAAAAAAGCCAACAUAUUAUUCGAUUCGAAAACAAAUACCGUACUGCUACAUGCAUAUUAUAUUAUGCAACUUCGUAUUUUAACAAACUUUAUAGUGUAUUGUUUAAUUGUUAUUAUUGUAUACAUAUAAAAAUGAAUUGUUCAUUUUUACAUGUAAUUAUUAUUAUUUAUACAAAUUAGUCAUAAAUAAAACAUAUAAAUAAUACUUAAUAAUAAUAAUUGAUGAAAAUCAUAAUUUUUAUAAAUACGAGUAAGAUAUAAAGAACACGAUUUCAAAUAAAUAAUAUAAUAAUUUUAUUUUAUAAUGGAAAUAAAUUUAAUAGAUUUGUCUAAGUGGUAGUAUUAAAAUAGUUUUAUGUAAUUAUGAUUGGCUGAUUUCGAUAAAUUUAUCGAGUUCCAUUAGGUUGGUUGCAGUUUAUAAUAAAGCCUAUCAUUGUAUCCUGGAAUUCAAUCUGUUUUUUUUUGUCAUUAGUUCGUCGCUCAAUUACAAUUAUUACGCCUUUGGUAUAAAAGUGUUUUCUCUCGAUUAAUAAAAACAAUAGCUUUUAAAUAGCCUAACAUCAAUCGACCAUUGUUUUUACGUUGUUUUUGUUGGUCGAGUUCAUUAUGACACUAGGCCGAUUUUGAAUAGCUAUACACAAAAUACUCUAACGAGCUAUUCUUGAUUAUCACUCGACCGCAUCCAAAGGUUUUUACACAUACGUCAAUUUUAUUACUAAAAAGCUUUAUUCCAUUAAUGUAUGCAUAACAAAAACCCAAAUUCAUUGCGUUUUGUAGAAAAAUUAAUUUUUUUAAAAAAACUUUUGAAUUAGUUUAAGUAUUAAGAGGAUGUGAAUACAUAAUACUUGCAUGUAUCUACUGUCUCUUACAAAUGUUCGAAAUAGGAAAUUUGCGUUCAGUAGGUACAACUUUGUCCUGUUAGUAUUAAUAUUAGUUUGAAUUGAUCUAUUAUCAAACGUAAGAUAAGAACAUUAUCUGUCUAAUUAAAUGUGUUAAAAAAAUUACGACUAGUCUUGUUUUGUUAGAUAACGAAGUUUGCAAGGUUACUAUAAGUUAGAAAAACCAUGAAAAUUCGGGGGAAUUUUUUUUUUCAACAUGGAAAUUCAGCAUUAAAUUACAAAUUUUCUGAAAUUUUAAAAACUUAAAAUAUUGCACAAUAUUUGCUAUCAAUUUUCGAUAUUUUUUGUUAUUUGUGAUGUUAUGAGUAUAUUUUGAAAGUGCUACUUUUAAUAUUUUAAUUUACGAGAGUUAUGUUAAUAUAUGUACUAUUAUAUACAAAUUUAUAACGAUAAAACAAAUAUGUUGCUUAAUAUUAAAUGUUUUGGACAUAUUCUAAUGAACUGAUUUGAAGAAUUGAGUUGAGCUCUUUUUAUCUAGUAAGUGAAUGUGUAUUCAUAUAAAACUAUGGUAAUUCUGUCCUGGAAAACGUGGAAAAGUUAGAAAAUUGUAUAAUAAAAGAUUUGUGGCAACUCUUAUUUUGAUAAAGUCAGGUAAACAAUAGUUUUUUCUUUUGGACUUGGAUUUUAUUUAAUUAGAAUAUUAUUAUUAUAAUUAUUUCAUAUGACAUUAUAUGAGCAACACAUUUAAUUUUACUAACUAGGUACAUAUACAAAUAAUUCAAGGUAGUUUAGGGUAAAAAUAAAUUAAUAAGUAGAUAAAUAAAUUAAUUUAGUCAUCAAGUUGGUAAAAAAAAAAAAUUGGCAGUUAUGAUUUAAGAAAAAAUGGUUGUUAUAAUAUGACAGCCAGGUUUUCCAUCCACGUUGUCGCUUCUUUUUUAACUUGAUGAAUAUCAUGUAUGGAACCGGUGAAUGCUUACAUUGGAUAUUCAUUACUGAUAUGAUUGAUCGUCUGUGAUGCGUGACCACAAUCACAUGCCUCAGAAUCACGCGGUUCCCAUUUAAACAUCUUGUGACCACUUCUAUUAUGACCUGUUCUAAUGCGGUUUAGUGUAGUUUACAUUUUCCUUGUUAACUCAAACCUGGUUGUUUGGUAGUUGGUUGGAUCACUAUAGAAUAUGAACAUCGGGGUUGUCUGUUUUCUAAUCUUCUUUCGAUUUGUGGAAUGCAGUUAGAAUAUUAUAUUACAUAGAUUUGUUGUUUGUUUUAUACAAUUUUUUUUGAUUUUUUUUCAUCUAUGUAUGUAUUUUUUACCAUUUAUCUUUGUUACUGUAUUCAUGUUAUAUUUUUCUUACUCGAUCGCCUAACUAGUUUUAAAUUUUUUAUUAAAUUAUAUUUUAGUAGUAGACAGAAGAAUAGAUGAAUGAAUAAGUGUAGUAGAGAUGAGAAUACUUAGCUGGAUGAAUGGAAUGACAAGAGAAUAAGAUAAGAUAAGAAAUGAGCACAUAAGAGUUAGGUAUUGUUUAUAAAAUUAGAGAAAAUAGACUGAGAUGGUUUGGACAUAAAUAUUGAAUUAUCUAAAAUUACCCAAUAAAAAGUUUGUAUAGGUUAUUUAUGAUAUUUUUAUAGAUUACAAUUAAAUAAUUUGAGCAUUUGAAAAGGUAUUUUCCCUAAUUGUUUCCAUUUAAUUACAGGUAAAAUCAUUUUGUUUUCACUACUCCGCAUCACGUGUUCUAGUUAUCUGAUCGUCUGCCUUCUUACAAAGGUGAUACUAUUUUCAUCUUUUCUUAUAAAUCUUUGUUAAAUUUCUUCCUUCGCAUAUUUUUUUGUAAACUUAAAUUGACCUAAACAUAUAAUAAACAAAUUUAAUACAUAGUGGUUUCUGCAUUAAAAUAAAAUCGCUUGAUUCAUAUAAUUGUAAAAUAAAAAUUACAUUUUUAAGUUAAAAUAUAAUUUAUACAUUGUAAACGAGUAAUUCGUAUAUUUAUUAUUUUGAGAUUUUACGACAGGAGUGAACAUAUUUACAUAUUUAUAAUGCCACAACUUAAUUUAAAUAAUGUCAGAUAAUAUUACAUCGUUUUGUAUAUAAUUAUUAUAUGUAAUCUAAUUUACCCGCUAGUUAUAGUUAUUAAUUUCCGUUAUAUUUACCACAGUUCCAAUAAUAUUAGAUUCAUGAGAAUUAACUGUUACUACAUGUGUACUUGCAUUUUUAAAAGAACACUGCCGAUCGUUUCACGUUCAAUUGUUAUUAUUUUUUUAUUGUUUAUUAUAAAAAAUAUAUUUUAUUAUUUUCGUGAUAAAGGUCAUGUAUUAUGUUAGAUACCGCACGGGUACGUUUAAUUUUUGGUACCCGCACGAAAUUUUUUGAUCAUUUAUAUUUCCCAUUUUUAUUAGUAGGUAUACCUUUUUUUUUAAUGUGUUUUCUGUUUUAAUAAUUUUUUGUUUUUUUAUUAUUCGUUAGUCGUUAUUAUCUGAGUUCUCUAAUUUUAAUUUUAAGUCUGAUUUACACUUGUACGGUACUGCGCGGUACGGCAUGACUAACACAAAUAUCGUCCAGUUCUCUUAUUAUAACCCACCGGCAAUGACUGACAAGCACAUAGCUACAUUAUUUUAAACCGAUAUUAGUUUGAUUACAGUUUUUGUUUCAAUAUUUCAGAUUUGUAUAUUUUAACUCUUUCAGUGCAGGAUGAGUUUACGAGUCAAAAUUUUCACAAAAUUAUUUUUUCUUAGAACUAAAAAAUGAGUAUACAUUUUGAGUAUCGAAAUUAAAUUUUUUUGGAUCAAUCUAAUAUAUAUAGUAGUUUAUUUAAUAUUUUGAUUGUAUAGUCACACAUUAUGCAUAUUUAAAUUAAAUUGAUUUCGCAAGACACCGACAGACUGACAAAAUAUUGUUUGCUAGAAUGGUUCUGUGCCGUGCCAUACAACUGUGAAUCGGGCUUUAUUCUUCAUAUUUUCUCUUAAUGUACCAAGUGUUGUCCAAGUAUAUUAUAUGGUCCGAGAUUCAUUAUUAUUUUAUAGGUAUCUACUGUCUAAGACCCUUGAAGUUUUAUUGAGAUGCUUCAUUAUUUCUUUGACAUCGUUUUACUAAUGAAGUCUUAAUGAAUUCUGGAAACAAAAUGAAACAAAAUAAAUGAUAGUUGUUUUAAAUAAUUUAUGUACAGACCAUAUACUUAAAAUUACAAAUGAGUUAUAUUUAAAUACAUAUAUUAUUAUUAAUUUAUAUUAAAAUUAUUGGCACUCACUGACCAAUAGAUCACCAUAAAACUUGGGUACUUUCAACUUAGUACAGGCUUUUAAAUUUAUAACAUACAUAGUGUUUAAGGUAAUAAUUAUGAAAAUUCAAAAUAUUAUUAAAAUAUUAUAUAAGGAUUUAUACUAAUUAAACUAUAGUAUGUACUCGUGUAUGGUGUAUGUAUACCAUAUAAUUAUAAAUAUGCUAAUUUAACAUUAUAAAAAGUAGUGAUAUUUCAUAAAAACUAUAAAUAUGAAAAUGAGGCUAUGUUCGGUAAGUAGAAGAUGUUUGUCAGGUUUACCGAAAAAAGAAAUGAUAUUUAAUCGAGUGAACAAUUUAAAUUGUAAAACAAUUUGCUUCCUUACUAUUAUAUUUUUGAUUUGUCAAGUUGUAUCUAUAAUUUUAUAUGCAUAUAUGAAUCGUUUGUGCAAACUUGGCACCCAUUUGAAUAUCAAUGUAUUAUUUAUUUUUUCUGCAAAUGGAACAACUUUUUUUCUUACCAAACUUCGUCUUUUUUCACACCUAUAUUUUUGGCGGCGGUAUAUUAUUUCUUUUAAUCGUAAUAAUGAUCGUAUAUGCAUGUAAUGUUGUCGUAAAGGUCAUAUUAUAAACAUUUUGACCUACCUAGUUGAUUGGUAUUUAGUUUUAAAGAUAAUUCCUAUUUCCCAUUCCCGUUGGUUUAUGAAUUAUAGUUAUAACCGAAAACAGGACCAUAGUCAAUCCUUUGUUGAGUCUUAUAUAUACACAGUACCCGUUCUUCGUCACAGUUUAAUGUAAAUCCUCCACGAGGGUUUGUGUUUUAGGCGGUCUAGCCAAUUUGAGCGAUAAUCCUGCUUGUCCCAGCGGGAAUCUUGGUUCCAGGAUUAUGAAGGUUGUUGUGGGUCGUGGGGUUUAAAUAGACAGUUUAAACCAUUUGUGUAACGAAAUCGAUGACAAUUUAUUCACCCGUGUAAAGAUUAGCUGUUGGGUGUUUCUUGAUCUUGUAUUGGCUGUAGGUAUAUUUGUUUUUACAACGUUUAACGGGUAAAAAACAAAUUCAACCAGUCUGUGGUUAAAAUGUAAACAUUAUAUUGUCAUUGAAAUAUCGAUAAUUAUCAAGUGAUAAAAUUUUAAUACCGACGUUGUUGUAGAAUAAUACAAAUUAUCACCUGUAGGUUUAUUUUUUUCUAUAAACUAUCUAAUAAACUACACAGUUUAUUUUUUAUAUUAUCAAUCAUACAAUGUAUUAUAAUUAUCAAAAUAUCUUGAUAUUGUUAUCUGACUAGUUGUUAUAGUAGGUUAUAAAAACGUGGACAAUUAUUAAUGAAUAAAAAGUAAAAGUUCGUUUUAUUAAUUUAGCAUAGAUAAAUAAUUAUAAAACAUUUUAGAUUUAAAGUGUACAUUUUUUAUUAGUUUGGUUUUUUUUAUAACUAUAUGUGAAGGGUAUNUCACCAAUUCAAUGAUCACACAAAAGAUACAGUAUAAUCAGUAUAUCAAUACAAAUUAUUUGAUACCAAAAUCGCCAUUUUGAAAAAAAGUGAUUUCUGUUUUUUUUUCAUGUAUAAUGGACAUAUCUUAUAACAUUGAUUGCUAUAACUGUUUUAGUAAACUUAUUACUUAUUUACUUAUGCUUAUACUCAUUUAUUAUUACUUCAUAGGGAAGUGAUUUUUGGUAAUUAUUUUCAAAGAAAUUUAUUUAAUAUUUAGCGUUUAAACAUAAUAAUCAAAAUAUCUACUAAGGUCACACUGAUUUUUUUGUUAUUCAAAAGAAACAUAUUUGAGUAGGGGAGAGGUUUUAUUUGGUUCCGGGAGACUUUAAAGAUAAAUAGUAAUCGUGGGUAAGAUUAAAGGGUCAGAAUUCAGGAAUUUCAAUAUUAUCAAAUUAAAGGCAACAAAGAAUGAAAAAAUAAUUUUUAUUUACCUAAGUAAUAAUAUUUGUAGUUUAUUUUAAAUUUUGUUACAGAUAUAUUUAAAAAAUAUAUGGUCUUUCGGAAAAUUUGGUAAGUUACUUUAUUGUUAUAUAUUAUAAUGUUUAUAAGUAUUUAUAAUAUAAGAAUUUAGAAUUUAAUAAAACAAAAAAUAUGAAGAAUGCAAUUUGAGUUAUACAAGUAGUCUUACGAAGAUAUGAACAUUGCAAUGUCUUGGAUAGGGAUAGUAUUACUUUUAUUUGGAUUUUUUUUUUUUUGAAAAUUUAAGGAACAAGUAUCUAAAAUGUUACAAUGGCAUUUUUUUUUUUUACUCUUUUUUUGGGGUGAAUUGACUACCUACUUUUGAUUUUUAAAUGACAACCCAUUUUAUAAAUUCAAUAAAUAUACGGAGUAACAGUUUAAAUACAUUUUGGUUUUCACAUUUUUGAUUUCCGCCACCCUUAAACGAGAUAUUCCACUUGUAAGUUUGGGUUGGGGACAGUAGUGGAGCACUUUAAACAUUCAAACGCCGCGCCUAUUUGUUUCUUAAAUUCUGAAAAAAGUUAAUACUUUAGUUUUAAUCCUGUAGAUUACUUUAUUAAUCUCGUUUGGAAUUUAAUAUUUGUACUAGAUUCUACACUUGGCUAGAGAUAUGAAAUCGGUUUGGGAUAAGAUAGAUAUUAUACUUUGUACAUAUUGUACCAUUUCGUGUAGAAUAGAUCAUAAUAUUAGGUAUACUGUUUUUUUUUUUGUUUAUUAUAUAGUAAUAAAAUAUUGUUAGUCAAUUUGUUUGAAUCGUAAAACAAGUAAAUGCAGUUUUAGUCAUCAACGUUUGAAUAAUGUAUAACUUUUUACGAGUUUAAUAAUGUGAAUUGUUUAUAUAUGUAGGUAGUUAAUAUUUUAUCUUGGUCAUUCUCGUAUAUUUCUAUUAUUUUAAUAAUUUUAAACUGUAAUUUAUUUAUACGUGUAUAGUAAAUAGAUAUUGAUUCACGUAGGGGAAAUAAUACAAUUUUUUAUUUCUAAUAAAUAUUAUAUUUGUAUUAACAAUUAUUUGUACAUAUUUUUAAAUUUAUCUAUUUCCUAAAUAAAAUUAAGUUAUUUAUCUGAUGAAAUUACAUUUAUCUAAUUAAUCAAAUUACAAUAAUGUACAUAUACGUUUUUUCCCUUCCCUGUAUUUUCUCCAAGAUAUUUAAUUAAAUUUUUUAAUUAUAAUAUUAUUAUGAAUAGUAUACAUUGUAUACUGUAUAUAUAAGUCAAUAAAUAUAUAAAUUCGAAUUUUAACUAUUCUAAUGUUUAAGUAUUUUGUAUUGUACGUAUCUAGUUUAUAUUUAGGAUAUUAAAUCAUUUAAUUUUAACGAGAAUCAUCCGUUAAGACACCCGUAAGUCUAUAUAAUUUUUCAGUAUUUUAUAUCAUCUGAAUGCAUAAUAAUGCUAUAUUAAAUCUGUUGAAAAAAAUUGUGAUGGGGGAGAAAUCUAAUAUUUCCAUGUAAUGUGGAUACGUUUUGUUACCUCUUUUUUGUUGUUUCAAAUAUUUAAAUAAGACGUCAUUCACACAGCUUUAAUAAAUACAUAUAGCGUAGAGACGUGAUUCGAUUUAAGUUUUCAUGUUUAUGAAAUUUAAUCUCUUGACAUUUUUGUUUUUUCCUUUGGAUAUUUUCAAAUAGAUGUCUUAAAUAUUUACAAAAACGCUAUUUUAUACGUUUCCACAAAAAGAGUUUUUAUACAGUUAAAUUGUUCUUUUGUUCAUAUUAUUAUUGAUUAUUAUGAAUCCAGUUCAUUUUUCGUACAUAAUAACUUAAUUUGUUUUGAGUAUACAAGUUUAUGAUACAAUUUUAAUAUUGUUCAACUUAAUUUCUAUACGCAAAUACGUUAAAGCAACUAUACAACGGGGAUAAACUUAUGAUUUAAAGUGACUUCAAUUAUAAUUAUAAUACAUAUAGUUUAUACUAUAGUGUAUACCUUAUUAAGUUCCAUUUAUUUUUUAGAUUCUGAGCGCAGCGAGAAAUGUAUUGGAUUUUUAUGAUGUGGGGGGGGGGGUUGUCUCUUAACAACUUUUUUUUCUGAAAUCUUGUGCUAAUAAAACAAUUUAAUGAGAUUUUUUUUGUAGCAUUUUGAAUCUAAUUGAUGCUUUGAGGAGUUUUAAUCAUUUUCUGACUUUCCAAUCAGAUUCCACAAUAAUUGGAGAAAACUGGAAAAGUUGAAGGCAAUAACGGUUUCAUUAUUUUCGGUUUUGUUUAAAGUUCUGUGCGGAGCAAAGAAUGUAUUGGUUUUAAAAAGAAGUUUAUUUUUUUUUUGUGUUCACACUUUUUCUACUAGAAAGCUUACUUUGAUGUAUACAAUGUAGACCCUUUCUGAAAUGAAAAUAAAUUUUCUUAGGGUUGUAUUUUAUUGAGGUCGUUUUUCGAUUUUCCCAAGAGUUUUCCCAGAAAAUGUGAAAAACCGGGAAAAAACGGGAAAAUCCGUACGAAACAUGUAAACUGUUUUUAGCCGCUUUUGAGCUAUUUAUAAAAAUUUUAAUGUUGCCAGUUUUUACGUAAUUUUUAUUCUGUAAUUGUUAGAUCAAACAAAAAUGUUUGAUAAAUUGAACUUUAUAAUUGAAAUUGUAAGUUUUACUAGUGGUCAACAAAAAAAGUUGAGUUUAGUUUUGUUUUUUUUGUAAGUGUUUUAUGAGAGUUCAAAUUUUGACGAAAAUCAUACAAAGUCAACAGGAGCAAAUUUUUUAAAAUUAUAUUAUAUAGGGUGUCCCACGAAGAUAUACCCAUUUGCAAUGUCUCUUGAGUUAACAAAUACAAUCAAAUUAUGUAUUUUUUACCAAAAAUAAAAAAUUAGUUGAAAUAUAAAUAUACAUUUAUUUAUAAUCUCUAUCCCUGUAAGUAAUAUAUAUAUAUAAAAACAGAAUUUGAUAAUAUUUAUUAUUUUUGGAGAUAUUACAAUGGGUAUAAUAUUUUCGUGGGAUAUUCUAUGUAUUCUAUAUUUUUAAUUAUAAUAUAAUAUGAUAGCGAUUGGAAUCUUAUUUAAAUAUAAAUUAGUCGAAUGAAAUAUAUAGUAUAUUAUAUAAUAAAUGAUGAAUUAUUUUUACGAAGGCACUUGUGUAGUACCUAUUUAAUUAAUGGGCGGUAAAGUUGUGUAGUGAACAAGAGGUCUGAUUAUUGGUUGGGCGUUAUUAAUGAGCUAAAUUAAGGGUGCUGACGGUAAACGGAUUGGGAUUAAUGAGUACUUAUAAUGAUUUGAUGCCGAUUAAAUCGUAUCUAAGCAUAAUUAUAUUCGUUCGGUAUUACCUAUAUAAGUCAUAAAUAUAGGAUUUUGAAGACUUUCUUAAUUUUUAUUAUUUUUAUCACUAGUUUUUAUUUAAAUAUAUAUUUUAAUAUACUACAUAGUUAAACAAAAUAUGAUCGUAUUUGUAAAGAACAAUAAUAAUUUAAUGGAAAAUAUAUGAUUUUAUUCCAUGGUCAAAUUUAAAUUAAUGCAUUAUGGCUUCAAUUCUAUCUAUUAGCAUAUAAUAAUUUGUUGACGCAGGAUAAUUUUAUUUAAUCAUGCCAAAAGUCUGUAAGUACUAAAAAUUUUAAAAUGGAAUUUCUAUUUUAUACGUUUUUAUUUGUAUUUUAUUAAAAUACCAAUUUUAAAUUUUAUUCUCGUAAUUAAUUAAGUUGUAUUAUAAAUAUAAUAAAAUUUACGUAAUUUUACUAUGGUACAAUUUUCUUCGAGUCAUCUCAUAAGUUAAUCAAACUUAUUAAACUAAUAAAAAAUUACCAAUGUAAAUAUUUAGUUUUGUUUUUAAAAUAAUGACUCUUACUAUAAUAAUUUAAGGUUUUACGAUUUCUAAUAUUAUCCUAACUGUUAAUUUUUGAUAAAUUUUACAUUGUAUAUUAGCUUAUAUUACAAAUUUUCUUGGCUCAACCUAAAUUACAAAUUUAUUUGUGUGAAACAAGGUUAUUCAAAUUCCAUGAUGCAGUCAAAUUUUCGAUUAAAUACUUAUUGUAAAUGAAAUAAAUAUGUAAAUACGUUUUGGAAUUUUGCAUUUUAAAAUUUAACAUUGUCCUUAUUUUAGUCGACCUUGUUAACAUUUUAGUAAUUUCAGUGUGUGCUUGGUGCAGCUUUUGGCAUUUAAAUUUUAUUCUUCUUCUCUUCCGUGGUUACCGAAACUUAAAAGUGAAAUAUCUCGUCAACAGAUUGACAGAAAUCAAUAAUUUCAAUACAAAAAUGCAUUUAAAUUAAUACUACAUUUAUUUAUGGAAUUUUUAAUAUAAGUUGCCAGUUGAAAAUAUAAAGUAGGUAGUUGUUUUACCUCCAAUAAUGAGGGUAACAAAAAUAAGAAUAAUGAAAAAUUGUAGGAUAUAUGAUCCCAAAAAGUGUUUUCUUAUUUUAUGAAAAAAUAGUUAUUUCAUGGUAAAUUUGAUUGUACAUGAAAUUUGAAUGACUCGAUUUGUACUUUAUUUGGAAAAAAUUAAAACGUUAGAAUACAUAAUUUAAAAAAAAAAAAUAUAUUUUUAAAAUUAUUAUUCGAUAUAACUAAAUUUUUAGUUUAUUUUUAUUUCAUUAUAACUUUAAAAAUAAUAUAAAGUAAAAGUUAAAUUAUUUUUAUUGAAAUAUAGCCUAUAAGAGUAUGUUAAAUUGAAAACUUCUUUAGUUUGUGUUGUCAGUGAUAUUACCUACUAUAAUUUUGUGUAGAGUUUUAAGCUAGCUCAUACGCAUAGGUAGAUUUUAAAGCUGGCGGUAAAGGUGGAUGCUACAAGGUGGUAAAACUUUUUGAAUGCGUAUAGUACCGGAUCAGAUGAACUUCCGGUUGUACAAUCUUAAUUAAAUCACAUUAAAAUUUCUGCAAAACGACAGAGUUCAAUAUUAUUAGUCACGCUCGUGUGCAUCGUUAAUACACAUUAACAUAGGUAUAUGUUUAAGUUUAUAUACCUUAUUGUCUGAAUGUAUAAAUCGGUUAUUUUAUACGUCGGGAUUUGUAUACGGUCCACAGAAUAUGACCAAGCUUAAACAUUCAUAAAGUAAGUUUAUUCCCAGAGCUAAAUGGUGGGCCAAAAACAUAAUUUUAGAUUCAAAGGACACGGGUCAAAUUAAUUUUGAAAUGUAGAGCUUAUAAAAGGAUCUAUGUCUUUUAUAACCAAUCUACAAAUAUACGUUUUUAGAUUGGAAAGUAAUGAACUAUAGAAAUAAACAAAUUAUGUUGUAAAAGCGAUAACUUUGGGUAUAAAUUAAUUGAUGAAACAAUUUCUUAUUGGAUUCUUGUAGAUGUGUGAUUUGUCUAAAUGUUAUAUAAGAAUGUCGAAUUGAAAGUGGGUUUUGCCGUGUUUAUUCUUCUUUUGAAACUUCACUUUUUGAGUUUUUUGUUGUGUGUAAACUUUUUGUGUACAUUUUUUUACGAACGGCAUUAAUUUAUCGUCAUAACCUUUUUUUCAUUCCUCCCCUUCACAAAGUCCCAACCGACGAGGAAACCGCUCCGUUUUCAUUUGUGAAACCCAUUAGGAUUAAGGAGUCUUAAGAAGGACAAAAACCCUCUCCUUCGUGCUUUUACCAUACCCCCUUUUCUCAUCGGUUAAAAUAGACCUGUGACGUUUGCGAAGUAAAUGUUUCUCGUAUAAAUUCCAUUUCCGUUAAUUUCUUGGUAUCUCGUGGCCACGGGGAAGGUUUCUGAGAUGAGAUGUGAGGGUGAUGAAAACUGGUGAAAUGCUGUGAUUUAUAAAAUAGCCCGUCUUAUGUAUAUAUGUAUGUAUGUAUUUAUAUAUAUGUAUAUUAAUUAUUAUAUAUAAUAAUAGUGUGAUGGGAAAACUUAAUCCUUCUCUUCCUUCUAAGCUAUUAACCUGCUUUGCUGAAGAUUGGUUGUUUUAAGUUGGUUGGAAUUGUUAACAAAAUCACUUGGUCUAAAGUGUUCGUAUAAGUCGCAGAUAAUUUAAAAUUGAAUAUUAAUUCAAGAUUUUGUUUGUAAUUCUGUAUGUCGACAACAGAGUACAGUUGAUGAGAAAUACUCAUUUUGCUUAUUUGAUAAUAUAUUAUUAUUAAUAACUCGUAUUAUGGAAACUGAUAACUAAUUAUAAUUAAUAUGAAAACCAAUGGGAAACCAAUCAUUUUGGCAUGUGAACUUAGCAAUUUUAUUUGGAAUUCAUUACAAUAAUAUUGUAGGUCUGGUUAUUCAUUCAUAUAUUGUAUUUGAAAAAUGCAUCGCAUCACGUUUUAACAACCGGUAGCACUACUAUAGUGAAAUCAGUAACGUAUUUUAAUGUCCCUUUUUUUUUUUUUAAACCUAUUAUGAUAAUACACGGGUCAUUUUGUCUUUUGUUCAGAUGGUCCUAAUUUAGCAUAUUGUCGUGGAACGCGUUGAGUAGUGAACAAUGUGUGGUUAAAGGGGGCGUAAUAUUUGGUACCUACCAUCAAUGCUCAUAGAGUUCAGUUACACUUGUUCAUGUCCACACAUCACAAUUCUACUCGUUAUCGUAAUAUUUUUUUUCCUACAUACAGACAUUUAUAAUUUAUACAUACCUAAUUUUAGAAGUGAGCAACGUGAAUAAAUUUGAAUGUACAAUUCAAUAUAUUAAAACUUUGAGUCUAGAAAAUAUUUGUCUAUAUUUUACCUAAAUAAAAAUAACAAGAACGUUUGCAUUUUUCAAAUUAUGAGAUAAUUGAACAAUUAAUGAAUCAUUGAUAUCAGUAAAAAAUACAUAUAUAACAAUAAUAAUAAUAAUAAUAAUAAUAAUAAUGAUAAUAAUAUUAAUAACAAUAAUUAUAAUAAAAAAAUAAUAGUAAUAUAGAUAAGAUGAUUGGUGAAUCCAACUAUAAAUAGAUUUUGUUUUUGUGUAAGAUAAACGAUAUUUUAUUUAUUUAAAUAAAUCUCAAUAAUGCUGUAAACUUACUAAAUCAAAUAAUUGUUUAUUAGUAUUAACCACAGAUAAGCAUAUGAGUCUUAAUAGUUAUUCAUAUUGAUUUAUUAGUGUUGUUUAUCUUUUUAAAGACUAUAUUUUUUUUAAAUUUUUUAGUAAAUCUGACAAAAAAUAUUAAAUUGAUUAUUUCACAUUGAUUAAAUAAUUUUUUGAUAAACAUUGCUAAAAUUAUUUUUAUUUAUAGGGAAAUAAAUACUUUUAUGAAAUAAAACCCAUUAAUUUCUUUAAUUUAAUUCUCUCAUUAUAUUAAAUUUAACAUAGAAAAAAAAUGUUUAAAGGUAAUAACCAUAUUUGUUUUUAAUAAACAAACAGGAAACAUCAAUUUUUUAGUCAAAACGUUUUCUACAAGUAAUAACCAUUUUAAUUAUAAGUCACUUAUUGGUUAAUAAUAUGCUUACUUAUUUUUAUUUUCAAUUUAAGUAGACAAAUAAUUUAUUUUUAAUACACUUAAAAUUUAGUUUAAUUUAUAUAUUUAUAAAUAAAUAAUUAAUAUUCUAUUAUUCAAAAUUAAAAUAGGGAACAUAAAAACAGUGUUAUUCAACCCCUGUAGUUUAUAUAAAAAGUGAUAAUCAAUUUAUUCGAUUCAUCAGUUAAACUUUAAUAUUUAAUAUAUAUUUAAAUUUUUUGUUUAAUAAAUAAAUAAUUAUAAUUGUUAAUAGGUUCUACUUUUUAUAACAUUUUUAUUUUUAUUUUUGAAUUAAUUGUAGCCAAACCAUAGUUGUAUAUAUAGUUUGUUUUUUUUUUCUAUAAUGAUCUUAAACCUAACGGACUGGAUGUAUAAAUAGUAGUUGUUGUUUAGUCUGGAGUGGGAAAUUGGAACACUAUCGUUCAAACAUAUAUCGCCAUCGUCUGUAAUCGGUAUACAUGUGAACACUAUAUAUUCUCCUCAUUCAAUCCUCUCUUUAGGUUUAUCUCCCUUUCUCAGUUUCACUAUCUAUUCACUCGUUCUGCCACAGUAAACGCGUAUAGCUUAUAUGCCAACUUCCAGCAGGGCAUUUCCAUUUGUCCGGCAUGCAUAAUUAACUUUGCAGGGCUCCUUCCUCUCUAUCCUACAGCCAAGUUUCCCAGUUUUCGAUCACCCUCGGGGAAACUUUACCCCUGUCUCAAGCUUAGGAUAAACGUCAGUCAGGUAUACCUCUGAGAUAGGGAACACCAAAUGGAUCGAGGUAGAGAGGGAAAAAUCGAUUUAUAUGUUUUUUUAAAAACUAUGCUUUUGUGUAAGAACAAAGAUAUAAUGCAUGUAUUUACAUAAUAUAUAAAUAACAUAUACAUGAUAUAAAACUUGUGUUUUUUAGAUUUAUAUUUGUAUCCACAAAUGUAUACAUUUGAUUUUAUUAUUAGUGCUGCUCUACUAUUUAUAAUUUAAAUUUAUGCCUGCCCAUAAAGUUUAUAUAUUAUAUUGGUCGUUGGCUUGGUUGUUGGAAUGAUUGUUUUUCGUCUUCAUCGUUUUCUAAAAUCAUCAGAAAGCUAUAUUUGAUCGAUUGAGUUAAUUAUUGGACAAUCAAUUUUGUUUGUUAGAUUUUUAGAUUCUGAGUGUAGUGAAGAAUGUAUUGGUUUUACAGACAUGUCUAUUUUUUUAUACUGUGAACAAAAAUUCUACCAGAAAUUUUGUUCCGAAGUAUUAAGUAUAGCACCUUUUCUGAAGGCGAAUUUUUCUGGGGUGGUACUUUAAAGAGGUCAUAUUUUGAUUUACUACGAGUUUUCCUAAUAAAUGAGAAAAACAUGAUACAAAUUUAGAAAAAACGGGAAAAUAGGUACAAUAUUAAACAAAUAUUAUUAAAGAAAAUAUAUAAUGCAUAUGUAAUUUAUUUGGAAUUAUUUGGAAAAUUAAAAAUAACCUCUCCAAUGCACUAAUUAAUAAUCCAAAGCGCUACAAAAAAGUUUACUUGCCGUUUUUUGAUUAGCACAAAAUUUUUAGAAAGUCAUUAUGUCCGAGCACGAUUUGUUCAAAAUGUUUAAUUAGUCCAAUAGAAAUGAAUAGUAAAGAGGGUAAUAAUAAUUAUUAUAUUUUCACAAAAAUACUGUUUGUUUGAUAAAUUAUUGAAUAGGUUGAAUAUAUGAAUAUUUUUGUAUAUAGUAUUAAUACUAUAUACAUUAUAGUGGAUAUAUUUUAUAACACGUUUGGAUUUUAUUUGUGAAAUAUGUAUGUGAAUGUGUGUGUGUGUGUGUAUUUCAUUUUUGGUAUUUCAUUACUGUACUUUAUCAUCAAAAUCUUGAAGGGUUGUGAUGAAGAGCGUUAAAGCUCCAAAAUUAGUCUCUUUACCGCAUGAAGUGAACCCUUCUUUCCUAGCUACUCUUCCUUCACACCAUAUCCGUGACGUGAUUAAACUCUUGUCAGUUGGACAGGCCGAUAAUUAUAUUUCCGGAACGUUUGGCUCGUGACUUAUUUUUCAUUACAUCUUUGACGUUGUAUGUGUUAACAUUUCAGUAUUUUCCUUUCUACACAUACAAAUUAGUACAUUGAGUUUUAAAUUAUUAAAUUACAUACAAUUUAAUUACUUUUCAUUAUUUAUAAUUAUAAUUUACUCGAAAUAAAAAUUAUUGAAAAAACAGUAAUUGUAUAUUUUAAAAAUACUUUCUAUACGUUUAAUAUCCAACAAUUUAGACUAAUUUUAACAUUUUCUUAGUUUUUUUAUUUUUUAAAAUCUAGUAAAACAGAUUAAUUAUUUAUUUUGUUUUAUUAACUCUUUCACUCAUAUUAGCUAUAUGAAAUUCAAAAGUAUGUAUACAAAUUAAAGAUUAUUCAUUUUUAUAAUUUUUUUAUGAAUUUACAUAAAAAGCAGUUUACAGUUACUUAUUAGUUAUUAUUUAUUGAAUUUAUUUUUGUUUGUUAUUUAGAGUAGGUAUAGUGCGUGAGGUUAGUGUAUGUUAGUAUACAUAUUGUCUGCUAUAUAAUAAAUUUUAAGAUUUAUCGUUAGGCUCACAGUUUGUCGUGCAAUACACAUAUACAAUAUUAAUGGCUAUACGUAUUGACAUUGAUACGUUGACCGACGAAGACCUCUGUCAAGAAGGAUUUAUGUGGGGAUAUCUAAAGUACGUUGUUUAGGAUUACGAGAGUAUUUACCGCGCCGCGAAUAGCCUUUUUUUCUCUCGUCGUGUAGAUCCCGGGUGCAGAAAACGUUGAGCCCCGCAAAACACAUGCACGUGUUACUGGACAUAUAGGAUUAUCGUACUUGAGCUUUACAAAUGUUUUAUAUUUUGUAUAUGCAAAAAAUAACAGUUUCCUAUGAAAUAUUUCUCGUCGGGGAGAGGAAGUUAGCCGUGCUAUGACGGAGAGGUAAUGCGUUCAGCUGGGUUCCUGGACAUUAGCGGUUUAUGAAUUAUUAAAAUAUCCGACUGCCGGGAGUUUCUUCGCCGCUGCCGAGUCCAUUAGACACUGGCAAUAUAUCCGUUAGUGGGAGGGGGGGGGCAAAGGUCGGGAUAGUCAAUGGUGGUUUCUCCCUUGGGGAUCCUUGUGCACCAGUUUUACAUAAACCUCCCUACCUGUAAAAAAAAUAAAAAAUAUUAAAAAAACCGUCUGUUGGGAUCAACAAAAUAUUGUAAAUGGAUAAAAGGAGAAAAAUAUAUUACAUCGGCCGAGGGUAGAGUAUUUACACCUGAAACACAUUUAUAGUAGUCCGUUCGAUUGGUUAUGUUUUUUUUUUUUUUUCAUAUAACAUAAUUUUUCCCAAACGUCAAAAACUUUCGGUUCAAUAUAAACAUGAUGAUGUUCGUAAUAUAUAUAUAUAAUCUUUAUCGUCAUUACUCAAAUAAAAUAAUAAAAAUGUGGCUCAUAUUGCUUAUAUUUGAGGACUAUUUAUACGUCUUAUGUUCCAUGUUACAUGAAGUAAGCGACUGUUAAUCAGAUUAAUUAAUGUGUGUUAACAUAAACUGUUAGUUUUAAAAUAAAAUAUUUUUGGCUUACGAAACAAAAAAUUUGAACAAGCGUGCCUAAACAGAACGAAUUCAUAGUUUAAAAAAUGUAUUUUUAAAAAUCACUAUACGAUAAACAUCAAAUAGGGAAAAAUGUAUUAUUAUAAUACUGUCAGCUUUUCUCUCGCAUUAUUAUUUUAUUUUUGGUUCCAAGUAGAACGAUGCUGUAUUUCUAAAUUUUACUCCGGAAUAGGACAAAUGGGCAACGUAAAAGGCAAAUUAAAAUGUCGAUAAAAACAGAGUAAAUGAAAUGAAAAAUUCAAUUAAGAAUUCGAGCUGUAUAUAGAAUCGUUUUUAAAAUGCGAUGAUUAUUGCAAAGUAAUAAUAAUAGUAAUAAUAAAAUGCUGAAACUGUUGUACCUGUUUUCAAAAUGCUGGUUUUGCAGCUAUACCCAAAGUACUGUGUUUUUUUAAUUUUCAAGUUAUAAACUAAUGUAAAAAAAUGCAUCAUAUAAUUUAUUCAAUAAUAAAACAAAACAAAAAAACAUUUACUAAAUGCUUAAUAAUUAUACCUUCAUUUAUUAUUAUUUUUUUUUUUUUAAUAGACAUUUUUCAUUAGAAUUGCGAUUCGAAAAAUUAUAAUAAGAUUGAAAUAUAUAUAUAAAAAAGGGAAAACAACGUGCGAAAAAUGUAGAAUAAUGAAAUCGUUUUUUUUGUUCGUUUCUUAUUUUUCGUCUUUUUCAAAUUUUCCAAAUUAUUAUGAAAAUUACUUGGAAAUUUAAAAAAACAUCUUUGUGAGCAACUAGUUUCAAACUGUAACAAACAUGGUCUCUUGUCGCUUUUCUAUUAGAGCAAUAUUUCUAGUAGAAAACAUAGUUUGCGAAAAUGAAAAAAAAUAAAAUCGGUAAUGCUUGGCUCGAAGUAAAUAUUUGCCUUUUUAUCUAUAAUUUUAUUUCCUGGGUUUUCUAAUUAUUUCGUAAACCGCUUGGAAAAUCAAAAAAUUAGUUCUUCAAUACACCAACUAGGUAAUAUUUCCUUUCAGAAAAUGCGCUGUGCUAAUAAAUAAUUUAAUUUUUAAAUCUUAAAUUUAUUUAAUAAUAAGUAACAUUAUACUUAAUAUGAAUGGAGUUUUAUUUUUGAAAUGUAAUAUAAUGUAACGAAGAAUUCAAUUUUAUUUUAAUUUUUGUAUACAAUUUUUUAUCUGAUUUUUGUAUAUUUCAAUAAUUUCCUAUGCAAUUUAGACUAUUACCUAUACCAUUUUGCAACAACUAUCUAAUGUUCGUGAUGUAAAAUCUGAAAUUAUUGUUCUUCUACAUUCAUUCAAUUACAAUUAUAAAUGGUACAUUAAAAUUGUCAAUAAAAUAUCAUUACGAGUUACAAUCGCACAUAAAUCCACAAGAUGUAAUCUAUUUGAUGACAUCUAAAAACGAGUUCAUACUACUAAUGGGUGUGUCACUGUUAUAGGUGGAAAUUUUAGAAGGUAGGAUACAUAAAGUUAUUUCAUUUAUUUCUGUACAUAACUGCUGAUAAAUUACGAUUCUGAGCUCCGUUCGGUGAAAAGUAUUUACGAUUUUCUUUAAAAAUUGAACUUAAAAUACUUAUAAGAAAACUGCUACAAUCAAAUUAAGUUCAAUUUUUUAUUCCGAUAUUCCUACAGGAUUUUUUUUAGGUUUCCAAAUUAUUAUGACAACCGAUUGAAAACUCGAAAAAUGACUUUCACAACGCAUAAAGUAUACUUGAUCUAUAGAUUCAAAAUUCCACAAAAAAGGUCUCUUCUAAUUUUUUCAUUAAACAAAAUUUAAGGUAGAACAUGUUGUUUACAGAUAGAAAAAAAAAAUUGUACACAUUAUAUCAAAACUAAUACAUUCCUAGCUUCGCUCAGAAUCACGUACGAAAAAAAAAUGUAAAAUAUAGAAUUACGCUCAUUAUCUUACGGAAAUUUGUAAUAAAACAUUCGUUUAGAUUACAGUUUAUUUUAUUGUUUGAUUUUUGAUUGUUUUACUGUUUGAAUAUUACUUCGCUCAGAAUAUUUUUUUAUUUGCAAUGAUUUAUACUUUCCCAACUAACCAUAUAAAUCAAUUGUCUAUCCGUAUUAGUUUUUUUUUGUGUUCGUUUAAAACUUUUCUAUCAGAAAUCUUGCUCUGAUCAAAUUUUAGGUGAAGUGGUUUCUGGUAACAAUUGUUGACUAGAUUGUGCAUUGAAUCUAUAUGCCAUUUUUUUCCCUUGUAUUUGUCUUAAUCGCUGGGGUAGGAAAAGGGAAUAAAUAAAGAAUUCUGUUAUUUAAAAUUUUUUUUAUUGUUGUAAUUCAGUCAAAAAAAAAAAAAAAUCGUAACCACUUAAAAAUUUCACGGAAUAUAUACAUUAUAUAUAUAAUGUAUAAAGCUAUAUGUAUAGCUUAUACUAGAAAUUUUAAGAUGUGGUACAUUGUACAUUUAAAAAAACAAUUCUGAUAGCUAUUUGUAAUUAUUGAGUUUUUUUAGUUUCUAAUUGGUUUACGUGUAUAACAUAUUAAUGGAUUCCCAAAUAUGUUAGAAAAUUUGAGCAUAGUUCAUCUUAAGUUUUAUUUUUGGACUUAAGAAAUAUUUGCUGCCAAUGAGUUUGGCUUCAAAAUAUUAUCGUUUAGAAAUUGUAUAGAAGUUGUAGUUGUUUUAUUUCUGAAAUCGAUUUUAAUGGCCUAUUCGUUAGUUUUAUGUGAAUAAAGUUUUGCAAUAUUGCCCAUUAGAAAUUGUAGGUAACUGGAGGUAUUAUUAUUAAUUUACCCACUUGAAUUCCACCAAAAAUAAAAAUGAAACAUCCAUUAUUUAUUUAAUACUAGUACGCUAUAUUGAUCGUAAUAUUAUUUUUAAUUCGUGGAAGCUAUUCAAAAAAAAUUGUUUUAUUUGAUUUGUAAAAUACAUAUUUACAUUUAAUCGUCGAUUAUGGAUGUAUCAUAACAAAAUACAAAUAAACAAAAUUAUUGAAUAAUAUUUUAAAUUCUGAGCAUAGAAAAUAAUGUAAUAAUGGUUUAUUAUGUGUGUUUUUUUUUAUUAGUUUGUUUAUGUACAACUUAUCUACCAGAAAUCCUUAUAUUAAUAUUUUAGAUCUAGUUGGUGUAUUAGGGUGGUCAUAUUUUGAUUUUCUAAUUAGUUUUCAUAAUAAUUGGGAAAAAUUGGAAAAAAACGUCUAGGAAAAACCAUUAUUUUUUUCAAUUUUAUUUUUUUACCUGAAUUUUGAUCGAUUUAAUUUUUUUCUAGUAAUUUGACUAAAAAUAAUCCUAUUCAAAUUAUCGACAGAAUACUUUUAUUAGUAAGACCUAUUCUAGACUUUUAAUAAUAUUCAAGCUAUUUGUAGGUAUUUGAUAUUUCGAUGUUUUUUGUGUUUUUUCUUUUUUUAGUUUUAUGAGGAUAAAAUUGUUGAUCGAACAGCAUUUGGCUGGAAAUUAAACACGAGGUUUGUUAAAAACUGUAAAAAAAAAAAAAAAAGUCAAACAUCUUGUUUUAGUUUUUUUAUAAGUAUUUUAAGUUCAAAUUUUGAUGAAAAUCAUAAUAAUUAGAGUAUUUCAAAAGAUAUUUAAUUGAAGAUUCGCUUAGAAUCAUGUUUUGUCAUAAUGAUUUAAUAUAGCGUAUAGAUAUAAAUUAUACAAUUUUAAGUAUCCAACUUCCAAAUUUCCUACAGUGAUACACCUAUUUGCAGUAUCAGUUCUUUUUGUAUUGUGUCUAUUAACAACGUUUUUACCAGAAAAUUACAAUCAUCAACGGUAAUGAAAAAUAUUUUAUUUAUUUCGUAGUCAAAUUAAUUUACGAAUGAAUACUCAAAAGUAAUAGCCAUCAUAAUAUUAUAAUAUCAUAUUCAUAUGUAUGUAUUACUCUAAAUUAUAAGUUCUGUCACUUUUGUGACUUUUUUAAAUUUACUUAAUGUUAUCAACAAUUUGCAUUUUACCGUUUGAAUAUUAAGUUGUUUAGACUACGAUAAUUAUUUAUUUGAUUAUGAUUGCAUUAUUUUUUAUUUCAUAUUCUUUUUAAUAGAAAGAAAAUUGAUCCAGGCUAUAAAAUAAUAGUAUUAUAAAAUCUGAUGGCAUUGUGUCAUACAUCAAUUAUUGUUAUUCAUAAUAUGAUUUUCAAAUCAUACAUAGAAUAAAGAACCCAACAGGUUAGAAUAGGUAACAUAAGUAAAAUAGGUUAUAUUAAUAGUAAAGUCGCACAAGAUAUGAUAUUAUAACUAAUACAUAAUAUAUGAGUAUAUAACUGUAUUAAAUAAUCUCAUAAGGUAAAAUUUACCCAUACACUGACGACAUUGCUAUCGUAGUCUCUGUCACUAACUGGGAUAUAGUCUGGUGAAAAUAUAAAGUAGAUAUGUCAAUAAUUGAUGAAUAUUUUUGAAAUAAAAAUGUUAAAAUAAAUUAUGGUAAAUCAAAAUGUAUUGUUUUUUUUUCCAACGAUAUAAGAUCUACACCAUAAAAUCCGAGAUUACUUUACCUAAUAAAUUAAAUUGCAAUACCAUACUAGUUGUCUCCUGAGGUCAAAAAGGUCGAUCAUUUUAACACGAAUUGCCUCCCAAUAGGCAGGUAAUGAAUGUAUAAGUAGUUCACAAACGAUUCAAAAAUUUUCAAACAGUAUGCAUAUAUAUAUAAAUUUGUUUAAAUCUUUUAUCACGAAGUAUUAUUACGUUGGUUGUUACUUAUUAAUAACCUAUCAUUGGAUUUUGGAUUUAUAUAUUCAAAGUCGUAAUCUAUAACUUUUGUGCAUUGAUAAGUUUGAACGACUAAUAUUAAACAUAUCUAUUGUGUAAUGAUUACCGUCGUCAGCUGAGUUUAAACACUCGUUAUACGAUUUUAUUUUUACAAAAAGUUAUUAAGUGAUUUUAAAUUUUCUAAUAAUUUUUAGAAUGGAUCAAAUUGAAAUGCUGGAAAAGAUUAGUGAAAAGAGCAGACGUGUUAAAAUAAUUAAUAGUUUUAAAUUUGGUUUUCAAAAAAAGUUAGCCUACAACAAAGAAUGGGGGAAUUGUACGACAAAAAUAUGCAAAGUUGUUUUAAAAGUAAACGAAAGUGAUUGGGUAAUAUUGAACGAAAAUAAUUUGAAUUAUAAUAAACAUUAUCUGAACAAGUAAUGUUCAUGCACAUGUUUUUUAUUGAUCAACUAUAUUAUUAUUUUCAAUAAAAUUAUAAAUGUUAUAUUAAAUUCAGUUUAGUUUAUGAACUACCGCUUUAUUCAAUAUGGGAAGCUAUUAGUGCGAACAUUUUUGAGAGGCGAUUCGUAUAUUAUUAUGAACCACCGAAAGGUCAAUUUAGAAGGAAAUUUAAUGUAUAUCUGUACGUAACGAUUAAAUUGCUAACGAAAAACGAUUCUGAAUGGAGCUCGGUUAAUAGUAUUGUUUUUUCAACAAUAUAUGUGUCAUAUUAUAUUAACAAAAUAUUUAUUAAAACAAUUUUUAUCGACCAGUAAGAAGAUUUUUUCUAGAGAAACUAAAGAAACUAUACUCAUCUUUGAGAGGAAGGUGUUGAAAAAAAAUGUACAGACCCGUUAUAAAUAAAACCUUAAUUGAGAGUAAGGAAGGAAAAAAAAAGAAAGUAAGUUGGAAGUAUUAUUGUAGCAACUUAUAAUAUAAAGUGUUUCUUAAACUCUAAGUGACUAAAAUGGUCAUGUAGGGUGAAUUGAGAAAAGUAUAUAUAUAUAUAUAUGUAUUGUGUACAUACUUCGAAAUAUACUUGUUAACAAACCAAUCGGUAAACGUCCUUUGGGAAGACUCUGGAAAUGGUGGUUAGAUUGAGUGAAUGUGAUGACUUAAAAAUGGAUGAACAGUACAGUAAAACUGUAUGACAGCGAAUCGUGCCUGUAGAUGGGAGAGGCUUAGUAGAUGCUGCCUCAGGAGAUCUUUAAUAGCCUGCUGUAAAGUUCAAAAAAAUUAAAAAUAAAGGAAUAUAAAAAAUAUUGAUAUUAGUGUAUAUCGAUAUUGUCGAGGAUAAAAAAUACUCGGGUGUUCUGUCAGACUUACGAUAUGUUUGUACAUUUCGAGACUUGUGCGUUCACAUGGUCCAGGUAAAUGGCUGCUGCUGCAGGUAUCCGCGAUUAUUUCGAAACGACCAUAAUAUCAAACGUAUAUAUUAUUAUAUAUUAUGCAUGCGUACGGUGUAUACAUAUGUACUUACGUAGGUACUAUAUAUUACGUAGGUACAGGUAACUACGCGGUAAAUAUUUAGCGAAAUUGAACUCGUAGGUACGUGGCCGCAUAAUCCGCUAUCUCUUUCUCUCUCCUUGUCACUACUCGUAUCUGAUUCCCUCGCCUUUGUCCGUCUACAUUAUAUUAUCUCCGCACAGUCCGUAUUUGUCCUGUAUCGCCCAAUAUAGCUUGCACGUUUCUCUCUUGCACUUGCUUAUAGGCGACAGUAUAUACACUGUACGAAAGGGAUUUUCUUUAUUAUAAUAUAUAUAUAUAUAUAGAUACACUUAUAAACCUGUGUUUAUAAACCGGUGUGGUCGCCUCAACCCUCGGAUUCUGUUCCACUGAUUAAACACAACACGCGUUCGUUGUCGCACCGUGUCUUACUACACCCGGAAAAGCCAAAGCUGUAGCGUUAGUCACUAAAUCCGUUCAUCGUUUACUUCGUAUUUUGUUAGGGUAUAAGAGAUUUUCUUACCACCGAUAGACCGAAAAAUCGUUUCAGAAAAAUGAUUUCGUUAUUUUUUCCCUUUUCCACUUUUUUUUGCCGUAUUACCGAUUUCAUGUCCUUCGGAUUUUACAAUUUUACCAACACCAAUAAAAAAAAAUUGCUAUGCAAUGUGUCCCAUGCAGAUUCGAUAUAUACAAUAACGUUUGUUUUGUUUAAUAUAUUUUUUUUCUUAUUUCUAUAAUAAAAAUGAUGAUUAAAGGCUAACGCUAACGCUAUGAUUACUGUUUUUCAUUUAAAAAUUGAAGAAACUUCACGAUUCAUUAUUAAUAGAUAUAUGUAACACCAAUAUUGUGUUUCAGAAUAUUUUGAUAAAAUGGCUAUUUCGGAUUUUGUAAAAAUAAUUUUUUUUUUUAAAUGUACACUUAGAUUCUGAGUAUAGCGAAGAAUGUAUGGAUUUUACAGAGCUGUAUAUUUUUUUAAUUUUUUUUUUUUUAUAUUAUGUAAGUAGAAAAUUAGGUGGAAUAAAUCUAAUUUAUCAAUUUUUUUUUGUUGAACAUAUGUUGAAAAAGUUGCCGAUUUAAAAACAAUGGAAAAAUCAGAAUUAAACGGACUGACUAAGUUUCGAAAUUCUAGCUUUUUGAAGUUCUGAUAUUAUGCGGAUAUUAUAUGUUAUGUUAAAUAACUAUAUUGUAUCUAUUCAAGCAUAUCUGCCGUGAUGGUUAUUUAUGCUUAUUAUCAUUAGAGGUUCUGAGUUAAAACCAGUAUUUCGUAAAAAAUUGUUUGCAUUUUUUCCCUUUUCCUUUAACGAGGAAAAAAACAAAUGUAUUUUGGGUGUAUCUAGAGACCUAAGCCAUCACUCGCUCGGACUAUUUUAAUCGCAAAAUACCCCUUGAUUUGUUGCGCAAACUUUUCUACCGGCAAUUUCUUUCCGAUUUAAAAUUAUAGCACUUUUUCUAAAAGGAAAUCUGACUGGGAAGGUACUUUAGAGAGGUAAUUUUUCGAUUUUCUCAAGAGUUUUCCCAGCAAAUGUGAAAAACCGGGAAAAAACAUGGGGAAAUCGAUAAAAUAUUAAACAGAUAUUAUUAAAGAAAAUAUAUAAUACCUAUUUAAUUAUUUUACUAUAAUAUGAUAUACGUAUAUUGUUGAAAAAACAUCACUAUCAACUGAAUUGCGCUAGGAAUCGUUUUUUCGUUAGCAAUGGUUUUCUUACAGAUAUAUAUUAAAUUACCUAUAAAACUAAGGCUGCUGCACCAGUCUCCAUUAUCCUAGGGCAGCCUUUUUUACUUUUAGUUUAAAAAAGUACAUAACAAAUAUAAAAUAAAGUGAUCGUUAAGUAAUUAAAAUAUUGAACAGAACAAAAGUUAUUGCAUAUGUCAUUUAUGUGACAUCCAGUGUAGACAGUCGUAAAAAUUGUUGAAAUAUUAGCUCAAUCUAUUAGUAAUACUUAAUUUAAAGAAAGAGCUGUUACUUCUAAUGGGGAUGUUGUUUUGUAGAUAGGAUGUUGAUAAGAUAGGAUAAAUUAAGUUUUUUUAAUUUUUAUUUUUAUGUGACGGUAAAUAAUUAGAAUCUAAGCGAAGUUACAUUAAAUAUAUUUUGAAAUAUAAUAAUUUUGUCUAUUGUUAAGUACAACUUCUAAUGCUAACCGAACCUAACCUCGUGUUAAAUUGUCAAGCGUUUCUGUUUGGUCAAACAUUCACAUAAAAACCAACGAAAACUAGAAAAUGGGAAAUACCUAUAAAUAGCUCUAAAAUGGCCAGAAUUAUUUGGUUUUACCAUGUUUAGAAAAGACUAAUACAAAUAUUCUGUGAACAUUUCAGAUCUCUAUAUUUUUUAUCGUUUCACUCAAAAUCGAAUACUCAAGUUUAUAAUCAAAAUAAGUAAUAAUAUGCAUAUUUUACUAAUUAAUAUUUUAAUAUUUUUUGCUUUUCAAAUUCAUAAUAAUAUAUCUUGUCUACUGCUUGGCUUUGGUCUUUUAAAACCGUGUCUCUAAGUAUAAGAUCUGCCACCUAUCCAUGUUUUCUAUACUACUUUUCUUCAUUCAGUUCUACUAGCAUUAAGAUAUCUUUUUUAACCUAACUUAAAUGUCGAUAGGGCAUUCCUCAAUCACCUGUUUAACUAAAGAUCUCUGUUAUCGUUAUUCAUAUUCACCUCUAUCUACAUUAUACAUAUAUAAUUGUUACAUAAUAUUUAAUAAUCCAGUUUAUUUUUUAAAUAGCCGUUAUAUAAUGUUAUUACCUGUUUAAUUGGCAUUAUAAUGGUUUGAUGUUUGAUUUCCCUUUCUUUUUUUUUAAACAUUUAAUGAUAAUUUUAUGCGGGUUUAAAUUAAUUAUUUAAUACACUCGAAAAUACAAUUACCUUAAAAUUAAUUAUUUAUUAUCAAUUAACAUUAAAUUUUGUAACUUGUACAUUACUAUUAAAUAUUAUAAUAUAGGUUCGUAUAUUUUGAAAGAUUUUUUUUUUUAAAACACGAUGGUGAUCAUUAAUAAUUAAAAUAACAUGUAUAGUUAAUGGAUUUAUACACAUAUAUACAUGCAAUUUAUAGUACACGGUAAAAUAUCAUUUAUAUACAAAAAAGUUAUUUUAAUUCAUUAGUUUUUCCAUUGUUAAAAUAAUAAUAUAAUUCAUUGUAAUAAACUAAUUAUUUGUGUUAUUGUAUUAGAUGGUAAAUUAUUUCCUUUAAUAAAUAUUUUAUAGCUACCUAGGUAGGUCGAUAAAUAUGUUAGACGCAUUUGGUUUUCGAAAUUAAUAUAGACGUGAAAUAAAUAUAUUAAAUGUCAUUCCUGAUUCUGCGGAGUAGAGUUAAAAUAUUGUAUAGCAUGCAUUUAUAUUACCUAUGUUUAUAUAAUUACUUAAAAUAAAAUGAAUAAACGGAUUCUGUUAAUAUUACACUUAAAAUAAUCAAAUCAAAUUUAUUUUAGUAAGUAAAUAAAAAAAAAGUUAUUUCAAAAUAUCUAAGAUUAAAUAAUUUGAUCUCGAACAUAAAUUAUAUCUAAAAACUACUCGAAUAAAUCCGAUUAUUUAUUUAAUACGAAUGUAUUAUAUAUUAUAUAUACAUGUAUAUUAUGUAUCCAAACAGAAGUAACAUUUAAUAAUAUUAACCGCAACAUAAUUAAUGUUAUAGUCCCCCAUAUAUCGGUAAUAUUUGUAUAAAUAAUAGUUACCUAAAUAUCAUUUGUUGGAAAUAGAGGUUCAAUAAUAUUAACGUAAGUUCAAUUUUAAUCGGUAUAAUACACUAUAUUAUAUAUAGUCAGCCGAAGUAUAUUGUAUAGAUUUACACUAAACAAACAGGCACUGUGCAUUAAUUUUUAAAUACCUAGGUAUGUAAAUUUAAUCUAGAUAAAAAUACAAAUCCUUUUAUGAUAAUUUGUUUAAAAACUUAAGAGAGAUCAAUAGGUAUCUAUGUGACAUAGUAUUACGAUGAAGGAUGUGCAUUCAAUAUCAAGAUACAUUUUAAUUAUUUUCUAGUCAGAGCUUAGAAUUCUGUACUGGUAUUAUUUUCUUAUUCGAUUUGGGGAAAAAAACAUUUUUUCCCUUCUUCAGAAGUCUAAGCUUCUUGAGUUUCGAUUUUUUUUUUCUAAAUUCGACAUCUUAUUAAAAUUGCAAAAUGUUAAUCAAAAGUACUUCAUUGUAAGAUUAAUUAUCAUUAUAAUUAAUAAUAUGUUAAAAAUAAAAAAAUAUUAAAAAAAUGCAAGGGGACAAACGAAAUCCAUUUCAAUAUUGAUGUAAAUUCAAUUUCUAUAUUAUAAUAUAAUAGAUAUAUAUUACUAUUAUUAUAGUGUAAGCAUAUAUUUAUGCUUACACUUAUAUUAUGAACUCUUAAUUUUUUUUUUUAAUCGAUUUCUGAAUCUAGAAAAAAAUUACUGUGAGGUGUAGAUAUCACUAAAUAAAUUAUGGUGGGAGAUGUUGGAACUGGGAGAACAUGGAAAAUUGAACAUUCCUAAAAAUUUAUUUCAGAUGUUUUUUGGGCAAAUAAGAAAAAACAAACGGAUAUACUUUACACGUGGGUGGGCAACUGUUGUAGGUGAUAAGUUCAAUAGGUAAAGGUGAAAUUUAAUGUUUAUCUGUAUGCAACGAUUAAUCAUUGCUAACGAGAAACGAUUCCGAGCGGAGUUCGGCUGUACUUGUUUUGAAAGACUCUAAUAUUUACAAUUUAAAGAUAAUACAUUUCGUAAAUGUUCACAUUUUCCCCGAGUUUUUCCAUUUAUUAGGAAAACCUCUGGGAAAAUCAAAAAAUUACUUUCUUAAAGUACCACUCCAGUUAGAUUUUCUUUCGGAAUACAUACCUACUAUACAUUUCUCGCUCCGCUCAAGAAUUUAAAACGAUUCCCGAGACUAUAAUAUUAUUAAAGAAUAGAUAACUUUAAAUAUUUUAUUUUACCUAAAGGUUUUACUAAUACUUUAAUAGACAUUUAUUUUUUAAAUACAUCUGUUUUAUGUUAAAUCUUCCAUAAAAUACACUACUACUACUAUACACCUAAUGUUCAUUUGGACUGACAGGUUUUAUUUUAUUGAAGUAGUUUUUAAUAAAAUAAUAAUGUAUAUUAUGAAUUCAUAAACAAUUUUACGAGGGUUCAAUAUUGAUGAUUUUACAUCAAUGUAGGAUUAUUUUUGUAUGAGCUUUAAUUAAUUCCAUUGCGAGUAAAAGGUUUAUAAUGUAUUUACCUACCUCAGUAUAUAAAUACAUUUUAAAAUAAAUAUAGGAAUUUCCAUUUUCGUGUAUCCAGUAUAAUAUAUUUGGUAAACAUGUUGCACUCAGUGCCUCAGUUGGAAUAAUAAAAGAAAAUGAUAUUUCCACAACAGUUUAGGGGCUCGUGUGUAGUAGUUAUAUUGGGCUAUAUACAAGCACUGGUGCAUUAUACACUAUUUGAUUUCGGGGCAAUGGAUUGAUAGGCAUUUUUUUUUGCCUAUACAAGGACUGAUAGUCUGAUACCGUUGAUGGGUUCACUAGUGCUAUUGUAGGUGGGAAGUUUGGAAGGUAAGAUAUAAAAAUGUAGGUAUUUAAUUUAUAUAUUUAUGUAUAUAAGCAACUACCAUCCCUAAUGAAAUACGAUUCUGAGCUAAGUUCAGUUAUACCUUCGUGUUUAGAAAUGCCGUAAUUUUUACAAUUCUUAUUAAAAUUUAAUAUUUAAUUAAAUAUUUUUAACUGACAUACUUUGCACGUGUGUGUAGCUACUGUUGUAGAUAGAAAUUUGGGAAGAUAAGAUACAGAAGGGAUUUUUAUGUUUAUCUGUAAGCAGUGAUAAAUCAUUGUUAACGAAAAAAUGAUUUUGAGCGAAGUUUAGCUGAUAAUGAUGCUUAAGUAUAGAAUAAAGAAAUAUAAUAUAAAAAUUAAUAAUUAAAAGAAUAUAUUGAAAUUGAAGUAUAUUUUAUUUUAAUGUAGCUCGGUCUAUAGUAUUGAUUUUUCUACAAUGUGGUGCGUUCCAUGACAACAAUGAUUGUUUAAAAAAGAUUAAGCUCUCUUUUCAAUUUUUGGUUGAAACGGAAAAAAAAGCACUUGUCAUAGUAAAACUAUAGCAUUCCUCGUUAAGCUUAGAAUCUAAAACCAAUUCUAAAUUCGUUGAAGUCUGUAUUGAAAUAUGAUCUUGCUUCAAAAAAUUCAUUGAAAUAUUGUUUUUUUUUUAGUAAUUCAUUUAUUACUUAUGGUUACAAAAUAAAAAUAAAAAUAACUACAGAUACAUCAACUUUUUAAAGUAAUUAUACGAGUAAUUUGGAUGUUUAUCAGCUCAAAAAUCAAAUAUUUUGUAUAGAAAAAUAAAGAAUAAUAUAUACAUUAUACAAUAUACUAAACUGUAAUCAAUUGAAAUUUAAUUAUGAUUUUAAAAUUUUAAUUGUGUUCGUAAUAAUUAUUGGAUAACAUUUUACUAAAUUAUAUAUUUUUACUAUGAUUUUAAAGUCAAUUGAAUAAAUAUUUUUAAUAAUUUUUUUUUUAUAAAACGUUAUAGUUAUAGUUUUCACUAAAAUUUAGUAUUUUGUUUAAUUUAAAUGAAAUUCGGUGGUAUUAAAGUUGUUUUUAUAUAAAGAUUUAUUAUAUAUUUGUAUAUUUCCGGUUGUGAUUCGUUAACAAUAAUAAUGUAUUAGAAUUCAGAUAGUCGUGUAAUUAACAAAUUCAACGUAAUGUAAUUAUUCAAAUAAUACAAUAAAUGUGUUCAUUUAUUUCUCUGGCCAUUUAUCAUAAUUUAUAAUUUAUAAUAAAUUAGAUGUCGUGAUAACUGGUAACUAAAAUGUGUAUUAUACGGUGUUUGUGUAUAAUAAAGUUUAGUCCACAUCAAGGACAUUGGUGACAUAAAAUAUUAUUAAUAAUCUUCUACUCAAAAUCCAGUACCCUUAUGUGUAAAUAAUUGUUUUAUUACUACAGUUAUCUUUGUUUAUUUGGUUUAUUUGUGUAGAUUUUGAAUAGCUCUCUGCAACAGUAGUACGUGGUUUCAUAUUUAUAAGUAUGUAUAAUAGAAAACUAUUCGUAAGUAGGUAUACUGGACUUUUAUAGGUAUACUAGUUAAUUUGUGUCUAAUAAUAAUGAUAAACGGACACUAUAAGAACAUUUGUAAAUAUUAAAUUUAGAUUUAUAGUCAAAAAAAAAAAAAAAAACAUACUAUGUAAGCGUAAUAAACAUUAAUUUCCCAUCUUUAUAGAUAUUAUAAUUUUUUAACUAUAAUAUAAAAUUUUUUUUAAUUUUUUUUCCACUGUACAAGGCCGUACUUGAAGGGGAGGAGAGUUGAGUGUUCAAACCUUUACAAAAAUUGUUCGUAGUAUAUUAUGUUGUGGAAAAAUAAUUAUUUCGGUCAAUAAAAUUAGAACACCACAAAUGUUUAGUUAACAAUCCCCGUCCCCUCAAAAUUAUUUUCUAGUUAUGGCCUUACUACUGUAUAUUAUCAUGUAUUUUAUCUAUAAGAAGGAAGAUAUAAAAUGAAUGGAAUGAGGGAUGGAAGGAGCGGACACAUUGAAUCCGAUUAGUACAAUUGUACUCUGAGUUAGUUAAUUCGAUAACUACAUUAACUUACAGUAAAAUGACACGGAAAAAUUGUUGUAUCUAAAAUUACUAUUCUGAGGUUAUUCGCUGCACAUAUUAAAUCAAAGUAUGACGUGCAAAUAAAUUUACACGAAUAUUACGGUCAAAACUCUAUUAUUAUAUAAUUAAUACAGCUGUUGUGUUAUUUUUCAAUACUGGUUAAUGAAAAUAAAAUCAUGUAACUGAAACUGUUACUAUGGGUUAUUUUAUGAUUCAAUUUCUUUUCUUUUAUUAAGUCUAGAAAUAUUAUUAAAAAAUCCUCCCAAAAUGGCUAAUAUUGUAAUAAAAAAUAUCAUUUUUCUUCUAUUUUCAUAACAACAUGUUGUAACCAAUCAGAGUAUUUGAAUAUUUUGCAAGUCAAAUGUAUUAGAUAUAAACUCGCUUAAAUAAACUAAAACAAAUUUGAAGUAUUUGUUCAAUAUUAAAUAAAUGAUUAACGAUUUACGAAUACUAUUUUAGCCUGUAACAGAAAUAUUUAAGUUUUAUUGUAUACUUAUGAUUAUUAUAUUUACUAUUUUUUAACCACUGGAGAGACAGUAAAAGUGGCAAUGUGGUUUUGUAGAUAUUUGUUUAAUUUCUACUAAGUAAUUAAUAAGCUUUCUUAGGCACGCAACUGUUGUGUAAAUGUAUUUGUCCUUUAUUAUUUUCUCUUAAUCCAGUGGCCUAGAAAUAUGAUUGGAAGGCCUUCAUUAAUUGUUUAAGUUGUCUGUUACUUUUGUUGUUAAAACACUCGAUGUUUUACGGUUCUGUUUGAUGGUUGAACAUCGUUAUCGAAACGCACAUUUACUUUGUAAUAAGUUCACGUUUUUGAUGAUUUUGAAAUUUUCCCAGACAGUUUGUAUAUUAUAUCCAAUUGUGUUUACUGUAGGUAUUAAUCUAUUAUUAUUACUUUAUAUAGUUAAUUGAUAAGAAUAUUUAUGAUGAAGAGAUUAUGAGAAACUUGAAAACAAAAGGUUUUGUAGUGAUUCGGGUGUACUGAAGUGGACGGGAUUAGGUUUAUGUACUUAUACAAGAGGAGGGAUAUAGCUGUUAACUAGGUUUAUUGUUAUAAUUAUACAAGUUAUUAUAGUUUCUCUGAAACAAACUAGUUAUUAUCACUUAUAUUAGUUAUUAAUUAUGUACAUAAAGCAUCUAACAGUACUAAAUCAAGUAAAAACUUAAGAUUAAUAUUUCAUUUGUUAAACCAUUAUAUUAAUAUUAUAUUGCUAUAGGUUUAUAAAGUCAAAUAGAUUACUUUUAAAAUGUUAUCUUAUUGUAAAAAAUAACGUUUAUAAAGUAGAUUUAUUUAUGAUACCUAUUGCUAAAGUCUGUUUCACGCAACGCAUUAUAAUUUUUAGUAAGGUAUUACCUAUACUAUUAUAAAAAUAGUUGAAUUGUAUUAAUAUUAUAAUAUACAUUCUCGGUGAUAAAAUCUUUGACCCUUACCCCUUCUUCGGGUCAUUUAUCAUUGAUACCCUGUCAUUCUGAAUUCAAGAGAUAAUACAAACGAAAAUGAAAACCCAUCCAUUAGUUUUAUUUUUUCGUUAAUUCCACUUGAUAUCGUAAAUUCCAUUGACUGGGAUCAAUUAGUGACUGCUAAAUCCGAAAAUCUAAAUGUUACAAAGGGAAUAAUGUAAUUCCUCAAUUCAUUUCGUUCACUUUAAUGGGCUUCAGUAAGUCGCCUUACAUAGGUUAAUCCCUAUAAAUACGUAAAGACCAAUUUUAAAACAUCGAAAAUUAAAAAAAAUAUCUGAUACUGCCGAUGGAUGUGUUCACUUUUAUAGAUGGGGAGUUGGGGAGGUAAGAUACAUAAUGUUAUUUAAUUUAUAUGCGUACGCAACUUUAAAUUGUUUUGGGUUUCAAGUUCGGUUAAACAUGUUUUUAAAAUCUGUAAGUUGUAUAGUUUUCGUCAAAAUUUUAAUUUAAAUGAUUAUAAAAAAAAUUACAACAUUAAUAGCAUAACUUUUUUUUUUGACCAUUCGGUAAAAUUUAUGAUGAAGCUCGUUUUAAAUUUUCAAGCAUCUAUAUUUGACUAAACAUUUUUGUUCACAUAAAACCAACAUAAAACUAAACAAAACUCGAAAGUUUCAAAUGCUUAUAAAUAAUUCAAAAAUUACAUGUCUAGAAAAGGCUAACAUAAAUAUUCUGUGAAGGUUAGGUUUACCUAAAAAUUUACAAAAAAACUAUUUUACAUUUUUUGAUUGAAGCAAGAUUUCUGGUAGAAAUUUUGUUUACAGAUAGAAAAAAAAAGGAAAAAAGCACACAUCAUAUUAAAACUCAAUAUAUUCCCCGCUACUCUCAGAAACGAAAAAAUAAUAAAUACAGAAUUUUUAAUAUUAUAAAAUUAACUAAUAAUGUAUUAACAAAAUUUCUUGUAUGUUUUAGCAUUUUCAAAUAAAAAAAAACAAGAAUAUUGGUUGCUAAUUAUUGUCUUAAAUUCGAAAAUUUAUUAUUAGUUAUCGUUUUAUUUUGUUCUUUAUGGUUAUUAUCUAUUAAACAAAAAUCAGAAAAACUAUUACAAUAUUAUAUGGAAUAAGUUGAGUGUACAUAAUCGUUUAUAUAUUUAUUCAAUGAUUUUUUAUAAUAAUAACAUCGAGUUCGUCUUUCAAGUGCAUAUUUCUAGUUACAAAAUAGUAAAAUGUUAUUUUUGAUUUGUGUUAUUUUGACAUUUAGUUUAUCGAUAUAUUUCGAAAUCAAUCAUGUGUUGCAGUAACAAAAUAUUAUCAAUUCGUAAGAAAUCUAGUUUUAUAUUUUAUAUUAGAAAAUCCAAGAAAUUGCUGUAAGUGAUACUAAUUUUUAGCUGUAUUAUAUUAGACAAUAGUAUAUAAUUUUCAAUAAAAUUGCUGGUUUCGUUUUCAAAAUUUUUAUUUUGCACGAUUUGUUAUGAUAUUAUUAGAUCAAUCAGUGCGGUAAAUGAUACUAAUGAAAUACAAUAUUGUGAAAUACCAGUCAAGUGAAGGGGACACUUCGGUUAGAUUUCAUUCACAAAAAUUACUAUUCUAAAUGGUUAUGAAUUUACGAUGAAAAAUGGUCUAUUAGGUAUUUUUCUUUGAUUAACAGUAAUAUUAUAGUUGAAAUGCGUUUAUCAUUUUGGCGAUUGUUGAAUCAUUUUUAAAGUAAUUUUCAGUAAAAUUUCAUUAUAUAUUGUAUAUUUUAUAUUUAUUAUUAAGAAUAGCUGGUGUAAUUUGAUAUAUAAAAAAAAUAUGAUUUACAGUAUGUUGAGUUAUUACACCAGAGUCACUGAAUUAAAUAUCAUAACUCUUUGAAUUUUAUAUGUAUACCAAUAUAAUUAUGCAAUGGGAUAACGCACGUUCAUAAAUAUUCUUAUACCCACCGGUCUUAAGUCAAGACUGGGCUAAUUAUACUAAAAAAAUAUUAACUUAGUUAGGUUUAGUUAGUUGAAAAAUAGUUACGCGUUAAAUUUUAAAUAUUGUAUACAUUUAUUAAGUUAAGUUUAAAGAUGUUUAUCAAAUUUAACUAACUUUUUAGCUUAGCUAAUUAAAUUUUUUUCACUAUUGCUAAAGUAAAAAAAUACUGAUUAAAUCAAUUUUAUAAUUUUAUUUUUCUUUAAAUAAGGGUGAUCAAUGUUAAACACAAGAGGAGUAUUCUGUAAAUAAUAAAUUAUACCUACUUGUUUUAAAUUUUAAACCCCAUGUAUAAUUGAGAAAAAAAAAUUAUAAUUUAUACAACUGUAUUAAUUCAAAUGAUUUGUAGAUUGUAAAAUUAAUUUUGCGUAAAAUAAAAGAAAAAAUAGUAAUAAACUUAACCGUGGUGCAAUUCAAAUAUAACUUGUUAUUAAGUUAGUAUUUAAAGUUAAAAAAAAAAUCGUGUUUAAAGUUGAUUUAAUAACAAAAUAAAAUUAAAGACAUAAUUAACAUAACUUUUAACUUUUUAAUACUCGUUAAUAUCUAGUCAUGCUUUUAGGACACUUUGUAUUGGUCAUUAAAGUUGCUGAUAACGGGAAAUGAACACGAAGAGGGUCAUUAAGUGAUUUAAUUUUAUUAAUCAUGUGUUAUAUUGUGUUAUAGUAGUUAUAUAUGUGUUAUAUUAGUCAGGUAAGUGACAACAAUCAAUGAAAAUAACGAAGUAGUGCACAAAUUUGUGCCACAUUUUGAACAAUCGAAAGAGUCAGCUAUAGUCGUUAAAGCAGACAGAGAAGCGUAUAAUGUAACCAGGAGGCUUAAUAAGGUUACUGAACUCCGUCCCUUGAUUUUUGUUCUGUUUUAUUAUUAUUAUUACUAACAGCCUAUUAACUUUAUCUAAAUUACUCAAUUUACAAAUCCUACAUAAUUACUAAGUACAUAUUUUUUAGAUUUCUCACUUUGAUUUUUCUCAGACUUUCUUCACUUCGUCAUUGUGAUUGCAGUAUAGACUGUAAAACUGUACUUGUAAUUUGUUCUGAUUUUUGUUCUAUAGCACUCAAUUUUUGCGUUUUAUAAAAUAUCAUACUUCAGUAUAUACGAAUUGUAAUGUAACUGUUUUUAUUAUGUUUGCGUUAAUAGUUGGUUAGGGUUUUUGCUGCUUUCUUCAAUCGUUAAUGUUCUUAUUGUUAAUAGGUUCAUUCAACGCUGACGUGUUCAGUUGACCGUUUUUGUAUUGACCUUGCUAGUCGAAACUUGCUUUAUUCAUAUUAUCUGUAUAAUAUUUCUUUUCAAAUUUUUUGUUUUUUAUUUUUAAACUGCGUAUCUACACAAAUUCUACCAGAAAUCUUGCUCUGAAGUAUUAAGUGUAGCACCUUUUCUGAUAGGAAAUUUUCUUGUGGUGGUACUUCAUGGUAUGUCAUGAAGGUUAUUUUUUGAUUUUCUCAGGAGUUUUCCCUUUAAAUGGAAAAACCCGGGAAAAAUGUAGGAAAAACAGGAAAAUGUACGAAAUGUAUUAUUUGAAAAUCGUAAAUAUUACAGCCUUUUUUUCUCUGUGAACAAAUUUUUUACCCGGCAAUUUUCUUCGAUUUUCAAGUAUAACAUUUUUUCCAAAAGAGAAUUUUCCUGGAUUGGUACUUAUAAGAUAGGUCAUUUUUUGAUUUUCACAGGAUUUUUUCCUAUAAAUUAGAAAACAGAAAAAACGUAGAAAAAACGGGGAAGUUAUUCUAUAAUGAAUCAAAUAUACUAAUCACAGGUAACUUAAAAUCUUUAAAAUUCUUUGUAACAUAUUUGACUGUUACAUUUAUGUAAAAUACACUAUUAAAAAAUUAUUAUUUAAGAAAAUAUAUAACGUAUUUACUUCACUAUAAUGCAACAUAUAUAUAUAUGUUUGAAGAGUAUCAAUUAUUGAAUACCUACCAUUUACUUAACUUCGUUUCGUUGCGUACAUGUAUAUAGAUUAAAUUUCCCCUCUACCUCCUCAAUUUCUCAUCCAUCCACAACAGUGGCCCACUCAUCGUGCGAACUAUGUCCGUCUUUUUACUUUUAAUUUAGCAAAUUCUAUACCUUUUUUAUUAUAAUUUAAUAAUUUCACAAAAUUCUAAUCUCAAUAUAUCAAAUCCUAAUCAAAUCCUGGUACUUUUAAUACUGGAUUUGUGAUGAGGGUAGAGUUCUGAGGGCACUCCGAGUUUAGCCAACUUUUAAUCUAGGUUUCUACCAUUCCAAUAUUAAUUUGAGGUUCUACAAUUUUCGAUUCCGUAUUUUCAUACAUCUAUUAUUGUUCUACUUAGAUGUAUUAUAAUACAUUUUUAGUAUUAUAGUAUAUAUCUGUACUUCGGAACCAGACGAACAUAAGUCACAUUAUUUUUUAGCAAAAAAACUAAAAAAAGGAACAUGAUUCCUUCCAUAUAUCAGGUCUUACGCUCGUUAAAAUUAUGGAAAAAGUAUUUUUAACAGACUCCCGUUAUUAUGGCUCGAUGAAAAACAUAUAUUACAUGCAAAAAAUGUAAUAAUCUAAUUAAUAAUAAAAAUAAUAAUUUUUGGACUUACGUUCGUCUGGUUCUGAGGUACAGAUAUAAGGUACCGUACCAUUAUUAAAUCUUAGAUACAGUUUUUUUUUUUAUAGUUUUAUAAACACUGCGUAGUUAUAAUUACUUUUUUGGCCUACGGUCUUUGAUACUAACCAUGCUAGUGGUGGAUUUGAGUGUGGAGGGAGGAAAUAUGGCGAUUCCUUGAAAUGUUUUUCUAAAAUUUGUAUACAUGAAUUAUAAUACAAGUAUCCAUGGUUUUAAUUGGUGCUUUAAGGUGUUUAACGGUGUACGUUCAAAUGUAUAAGAUAUGAGUGUAUAUUUGUUAUAUAGUAGGAUAUUAAACAAAUGUUGGACUCCCACCCUCAAAUUUUUGUUAAGUUAUGGUCUUAUAAGUAUCAGUUAGCUCUCUUUUAAUUAGCUCCAGAUCUGCCACAGAAUCAUCCAAACAUAUACUCUUUUAACUAUCACGAUCAUUUUCUAGGACAAUAUUUUGUGUGCAGGUUUAAUUUUUACUCAUAUUAUAUAAUCUUAUAUUACUAUUUUCGUGAUUUAUGAAGUAAAAAUAAGCAAUUUUGGUUACUAUGAAAUUUGCAUUUUAAAUACUUGUUUGUUUUGCAUCAAUUUCCAAAGUCCUAGAUGUACCAGAUGUAUAAUAUGAUAAAAUGUAGCAGCUGAUGUUCACGUUUAAAUUAGAAAACUCCAAUUUAAAUUUCAAAUUCACUAAGAAUAUCUUUUCUUUACAAUUUGUUAAACGAGGCUAUACACUAUUUGUGUAUUUGCUGUUCGUGGUUCGUUAUUUAUUAAAAUUGUAAAUUUGUGUGUAGAGCUUACUCCCAAUUCGCUAUUUGUCAUUCGUGAACCAAAUUCGUUCUAGAACUAUUCACGAAUGAUUUGCGAAAGAACUAUCCUUUCGGAGGUAGCAAGUGUAAAAGAUCAAUGAGUAAUGAUUUACGAAUGAAUCAGUGGCAUAUUUACUGGAAUGGAUUCGGAGAUAAUUCCACCCCAUGGCUUUUAAUAUUUAUAUUUAUUAUGAAUUACAAUGCACUAUAUUAUAUAUAUUAUAUUAAUAUUUAUGAAUUGACAAUUUUGAAAUUUUGAAAAAAAAAUUUAGAAGAAAAAUAUCUUAUGAUAAUAGUUUAAAAUGCGCGAGCAUCGUGGUAAAAUCGAGAUUAAAUCAUGUCUUAUAUAAAAAUAGUAUAAUAUGUUUAAAAUUAAAAAUUAACAAAAUAGUUCAUAGUUUAAAUAAUAUUUAAAUAACACAUUUUUAAUAUAUUCAAUUGUGGGUGGGAGGGGGGUUAUAGCCUCUUACAAAUCUGUAAAUAUAAUUUGUUUACUUGUCCCAAGACAAAGUGCUGAAUACACCACUGUCACAAAUAUUCACAAAUAGUGUGUAUUAUCUAGUUCGUAAAUAGCAAAAAAAAAAAAAGGUAUAAUUCGCCAACGAAUACGCUCAUAGGGUUUAUUAGUUUCAUGUAAUAAAAAUUACACUGUUUAGACAGAACGUAUAUAUAUUUUUAAUGGGGUUUUUUUUUCACAGACUCUUUUCACUCUAAUUAAAAUAUAAUGUAGUCAGACGAAUUUCUAAGUAGGUACUAGGCACUCUUCAAAUUUAAAUAAUUCUGUUUAUAAUACUUUUUAAUAAACCAUUAGUCCGAGAUGAGAUUAUAUAUUAUGUACCUACUCAUAUAUCAAAAUAUUUUUUUUUAGAAAAAUAAUCUGAAAAUUAAAACUCCUAUAUUGCAGCAAAGGUUAUUUUUUGAAAAUUAAUACGAUUGAUGAUAUCAGGUUUUCUCGUCAUAAUGACGUAGAGGGCGGAAUUCUAAAUAAAAACGUUCCCCUUUUACAAUAAUAAUAAUACAAAAAAAAAUUUAUAAUCCCUCAGAUAUUUUUGUUUCGUUGGUUUUUUAUGGCCCGGUUUUUCAAUCACACUGACAGUUAAAAUGACAAUUAAAAAAUCGGCCAUAUAAUAUAUUUUUAAGAUUCUGAACGUGACGAGAUGAUUGCAGUGAUUUUUGAUUAUUUCUUGUGUCAAUUAACAACAUUUCUACCAGAAAUUUCGUUCCAAUCAAAAAAUGACAAGUGACCUUUUUUUGUUGCAUAUUGGAUCAUGUUGGUACAAUAGAGAAGUUCAAAUUUUGAUUUCCAAGCUUUUCACUGACAAAUUUACGGCAUUAAUGGUUUCAUUAUUUUUGAUUUUUUGUCGUAAUUCUUUGAAACUAAAUAAGUAGUAAAAGUUCAUAUGAAUGUUUGUUUUUGAUUCAAUAAACUUUAAGUUUUCAGAAAUGUCGUUAAAAUUUCCUACACGCUGCUGUACCACCUUAAAUAUUGUAACCUCUUACAAAUGUCAUAUAGUUUAAUAAACUAAGUUUUAAGUAUUAUAUACGAAACUAUAUUAUGUAGAGUUAGUAUGUGUUAAUGCAAUUUUAAAAUGUUUUGUUAUAUAAUCCAAAUUAAUAAUAUUAUAUGUUAAUUGGAUCAUUUUGUUGUUAAUAUUUUAUCUACAUUAUUUGUUUACGAUUUAAUUUUAUACGAUUGUUGUUUUUUUAAUUUUAAUGUCUUUAUAAAAGCCAUAUCAUUACAGGGCCAAUUAUAUGCGUACAUUCAAUUGACGAAUGUACAACACGAUAUUAUACACAUUGCAGCGACAAAAAUUAUAUAGUUCGGAGAAACAUUGCAAUUAAACGAUGCUGA